UUGUGGGCGUGGUUUGGAGUCGUUGUGGGCGUGGCCUCGAUGCACGCUCUGGUCGUUACGUCACCCUCAGAAAGUGAGAUCCGGAGCCGUGCACGCGCACAGUGACAGGUGACCGCUGGGACCGGGAGGAGGAGGAGGAGGAGGUAUGUCGGUACACCGGGCGGGGAGCGGGCUGCACUACCUACCGGCACUCACACCUCAGAGGUCAUCAGGGUCAAAGAACUGCUUGGCAACAGAGCUGACACUUCACUUAUACUAACUGCUUGGCAACAGAGCUGACACUUCACUUAUACUAACUGCUUGGCAACAGAGCUAACACUUUACUUAUACCCCAGCACCAGCAGCAACAUAGCUGACACUUCACUUUUACACUAACUGUAGCAACAAGGCUAAGCACUUCACUUAUACUAACACUUGGCAGCAUUUAACACUUGCAUACUAACUGCUUGCUUGGCCUUGCAAGCUGACUUGCUUCCUGCAACACAGCAGCAGCAAGGCUGACACUUCACUUCUACUAACUGCUUGGCAACAGAGCCCCGGCACUUCUACUAACUGCCCAGCUUGUAGAGCUGACACUUCACUUAUACUAACUGCUUGGCAACAGAGCUGAGCAUUUCUACUAACUGUAGCCUUAGAGCUGACACUUCUACCUAUGCUUGGCAACAGAGCUGACACUUCACUUAUACCCUUUGCUUGGCAACAGAGCUGACACUUCACUUAUACUAGCUGCUUGGCAACAGAGCUGACACUUCUACUAACUGCUUGGCAACAGAGCUGUGCACUUCUCUUCUAACUGCUUGGCAACACAGCUGACACUUCUACUAACUGCUUGGCAACAGAGCUGACACUUCACUUCUACUAACUGCUUGGCAACAGAGCUGACACUUCUACUAACUGCUUGGCAACAGAGCUGACACUUCACUUAUACUAACUGCUUGGCAACAGAGCUGACACUUCACUUCUACUAACUGUUUGGCAACAGAGCUAACACUUCUACUAACUGCUUGGCAACAGAGCGAACACAUCUACUAACUGCUUGGCAACAGAGCUGACACUUCUAACUGCUUGGCAACAAAGCUGACACUUCACUUAUACUAACUGCUUGGCAACAGAACUGACACUUCACUUAUACUAACUGCUUGGCAACAGAGCUGACACUAAUACUAACUGCUUGGCAACGAAGCUGACACUUCACUUCUACUAACUGCUUGGCAACAGAGCUGACGCUUUACUUGUAGUAACUGGCAACAGAGUUGACACUUAUACUAACUGCUUGGCAACAGAGCUAACACUUAUACUAACUGCUUGGCAACAGAGCUGACACUUCACUUAUACUAACUGCUUGGCAACAGAGCUUACACUUCUACUAACUGCUUGGCAACAGAGCUAACACUUCUACUAACUGCUUGGCAACAGAGCUGACACUUCAAUUAUACUAACUGCUUGGCAACAGAGCUUACACUUCUAGUAACUGCUUGGCAACAGAGCUGACACUUAACUUAUACUAACUGCUUGGCAACAGAGCUGACACUUCAUUUAUACUAACUGCUUGGCAACAGAGCUGACACUUCUACUAACUGCGUGGCAACAGAGCUUACAUUUCUACUAACUGCUUGGCAACAGAGUUUACACUACACUUCUACUAACUGCUUGGCAACAGAGAUGACACUUUACUUAUACUAACCGCUUGGCAACAGAGCUGACACUUCUACUAACCGCUUGGCAACAGAACUUACAUUUCUACUAACUGCUUGGCAACAGAGCUUACACUUCAUACUAACUGUUUGGCAACAGAGCUGACACUUUUUUUUUUAAAGUAACUGCUGCAGAACUUACACUCAUGUUAGCUCCUGGGCAACAAAACUGACUUACUUUAAUAAAAAAAUGUUUUUUAAAUGUAUUAUUUAUUAAGAUUUUAUUACAUACAUAAAAAAAUCAAAGGAGGUUGUACCAUUGUACAAUAUAUUAGGUAUACCCAGCCUUUUCUACUAUGAACAUGCAUAAGAGUGCAGGGAGUACCUGCGGUAUACAAUUACGCUACCCAAAAAAAUACAAAAUGGGAAACCUGUUCAUAUAAUAGCAUAAGGAUCAGUUGGUCCAAAGUCAUAGAAAAUUAGAUGGUAUUAUGAUGAACCAAAUGCAGAUGCAUAUUUAGUGAUGUUGCAUAGCUGUAUGAGGGUACAGUACAUCAUUAUGCCAGUUACUUAUAGAAACACCAACAUAUAAUCCCAGUAACUAGACUAAACCGAGGCACUAACUCUCCAUUGUUGUACCCUGACGUGUGACCCGUUGGUGUUCUCAAUGUGAUUGACUUUUCGAAGUGUGUUUCCCCAUCCUGUCUUCUCUAGCUCGUCUCUGUCCCCAUCUGUAUGUCCUAGUGUUGAUGCUGCAAGUCUGACCAUUUUUUCCAAACCUCUUCGAAUCUACCUCUUUCCUGUGCGGUGUCUAGGUUCAUUCAUUCACAUUGUAAAAUUAGUUGGGUGCCCUGUCUGUUCCCGCACAAGGCUGUUGAUUAACGGAAUGUGGAUUUACUGGGUUGAAGUAUGGGAGUAGGGCAAAAAAAUAAAAAAACAAAAGGAUGUUAAACAGAAAAGGUUAAAAGCUAUAUACAUUGUACCAUUGAGUUAUACCCAGCUUAAGGAUAAGGUGAGAUGAGAAUGGUUGAGAAAUAGUGACAUUAAAACCACCAUUUAAGAUAGAUGCAUUGAAAAUGUGGAAAUAUAAUUGAGAUCUCCUGCUCCUCCAUCUGCAGCAGUAUGUCUUCUUACUUUCCCUCAAACUCGCUCUUGUAAGAGUUCUUUCGUCCCAUUAAUAACCGUGUCAGCUUAAUGUAAAAUUAUAGCACAACAUUGUUAAGAAAAAUUAUUAUUAUUAUUACUGGUAUUUAUAUAGCGCCAGCAUAGUCUGUAGCGCUUUACAAUAGUAUCAAAGGGGGAGAUUUAACAAUAAAUGAGACAAUUACAAAAACUUACAGGAACAAAAGGUUGAAGAGGGCCUUGCUCAAACGAGCUUACAGAAUAUAGCUCUAUAAAGACUUGUCAGUCGGUCAACCGUGAGAAGCCCCCUUAGUGACUUAUCCUGGAGGGAUGUCACUUAACUUCCAGACAGACCCUAAGAGCGGGAAAAGUUUGGACAGUUAAUUUGACAGUCUACACGUUCUGCCAGUCAUUUUUUGAGGCGGUUCUUCGUUUGUCUCCCCGCUGUCGUUCGCAGAUCGACACUGGGAUGUUCCGUUGUUGCAAGGUGUUCAAACCGUCUUCCGGAUUAUAAGAGAUUUUUUUAUGUUUCAUUUCUUCAAACUAUGAGUCGAACCAGGGAAUCCCCAUUUGUAGGUGAUAUUUAAUGCACGUAGAACCAUCGUGAUCUUGGCAAAAGCCCUGCUUUUGGACAUGGCGCAAAAUAAGUCCACAUACAGCUUGCACAGCCGCAUAUUGUCUAGGUAACUCUUUAACUUUCCUAGAAGCCUGCAGUACCCUUUAUUUCAUUUGAUAACAGUGGACCUCCGCAAUGAUAUCCCUUGGUGUACCUGCAGGCAAAUGUUUGGAUUUAGGGAGUCUGUGUGUGCAGUCCAACGUAAGUUCCUCGCAUGAUGACUCUGGUAUCAACAUAUGGAAUAAUUGGGUCACGUAGUCCACGAGGACAUCAGGGCCUACCACCUCCGGAAUCCCCCAGAUCAGUAAAUUGCAAUUGCCGGAUCUGGUCCUCUUGGUCGUCAAAUUUGUCUUCCAGCCACUUCAGCUUAAUUUCCAUAUCCUCGUAAAAGUGUCCGCCAUUGAGUUGUGGGCUGCAACAAGUUCUUCUGUCUUUUCAUCCAAAUAAUAAAAGCAGGGACUCGCGUCCUACUCCAUGAAGCCUCAGGCCGCAUCCGAAACUUUUUAUUUUAACUGCUGGGCAUCGAAGCCUGCACUUCUCAUAUUAACUGCUUGGCAACAGGGCUGACACUUACUGCUAGCAUUAGGUAACACUGACAUCAUGACACUGACAAUACCCUUUUAUUUAAUCAACUACAUACAUACAUCUGACUUGGAUAUCAAAAAUUUGUUAAUUAGUUUACAUUCGUUCAUACAAGUAAGGCUUUUAAUCCACGGUACUUUCCUAAUGUUAUACUAAAUGAUAAAAGAUGUGAUUGUGCUCACCAGGUUUGUAAAUGAAAAACAGCUUUAUUCACAGUACACAGCAUAGAAAUUGCAAUAUUCCAGUUAUGAAUAAUGGAAAUGACUUAUACAAAUCAAUAAUCAGUGUAUGGAAAACGAGAAGACAACUUUAAAGGGACAUGUAAGCACUAUAACAACAUCUCGUUAAAUUGGUUAUCCUCUGGCACCAUCCCUCCAGUUAGUGUUAAAGCAUAUCAAUCAACUUAAAACAAAAUAAGGGUUCCUCGCAGCCCACCUCGUAGCCCCCACUGGAGAUAAGGAUACAGCAGAGAUUACACACUUUCUUAUAACCGUACCGAAUAAUACCAACAAUGGCUGCAGUGAUAGACUGAAAGCAGUCCGCUGACACUGACAACCUUCUGUCGCUGCUUAUGGUAAUGAUUUUUCAAUAGUCCAAGCAGCACAGUGGGGAUUGACUGCUGGGGACUCACAUUAUAAAUGGUUUUACUCUGAAUGGAAGGAUAGUUGUAUCAGACACCAUAAACACUUCAAUGGGAUGAAGCCGUUACAGUGUCCCUUGAACUCUUAUAAUUUUAUAUUAGAGAUAUUAAUGUAUGCGUUCGCCUUGAAACAAUGUUCUGUUUAUAUUUGCUAACUUCAGUUUCUUUUCUCUCGGCUGUUAGACCACCUGUGUGAUUAUUGUUGAUUAUUGUCUUCAUCUCAAUAAAGUGGUCAGCAUGCAGUGGGCCUUUAGUUUUAACCCAGUAACGAUUCCAUUGCAGGGUUAAACACAUCCCUAGUGGCUCUGUUCUUGAUAGCCACUAGAUGCGGUUCCCUGUGAGAGCCGAGUCAGGCUCAAGCAGCAUUUGAUUGGCGUAAUUUGCUGUGCAUGCGCACUAGCCUCCACAUGCUUCCCUAUGGGGAAGCAUUGGAUUAGCUGAGAUCUUUAAUAUAAACCAGGGAGGCGGGGCGCGACAAUGGAAGAAAAAAGGGCAAUAAAAAAAAUUUAAACAGAAAAUUAGACAAAAAAGUGUCAUUGGCACUUUGAUAAAUGUCUCCACGGAAGGCCAUGGCAAGACCAGCACAACGAGGGAAGAAAGCUAGUUAGUACUCCUCUUUCAAACACUAUAGUGUCCUUUAAACCAUGCCAGGGCUAUUUCUUUACAGGAAGAUAUGGCAGUUCCAGUAGGUAGAAGGGGUAAUAAGCUCUGGGAAAACCUAUUGUGUAUGUGACUGAGUCACCUAUAUGUAAAAAAGGUGUGGUCAAUGGAGCAUUAGAACAGGACAGACAACUCUUACUUAGUAACAAAGAAUUUAGGGCUGGCCUAGGCAGGGACAAAAAAUAGCCAUAGGUGAGAAGUGAAGACAGAAGCAGAGGAGUAGGGUAGAGGUUGAGGAAAAGUAGAUGGUAAGUGAUAAAACUAGACAGCGGAUGAGAAAAUAUUUAAAAGAAGAAAAACUACCACAACAAGAGGACAUGGUCUUAAAUUAGAGGGGCAAAGGUUUAAAAAUAAUAUCAGGAAAUAUUACUUUACUGAGAGGGUAGUGGAUGCAUAAGAUAAGAUCAGGGACUAAUGAAAGUAUUUAGAAAAUUGGGCAGACUAGAUGGGCCGAAUGGUUCUUAUCUGCCAUCACAUUCUAUGUUUCUAUAGAAAAGCGCAGGAGCUACAUUUCUUAUAACGCUAAAGUGGUCAGACAAUCCUAGCGGGAGCAUUACUAAAAUCAGAAAAGGGAGAGACAGAGACAGUGCUGGAGCAUUAUACAGAGACUAUGGGGAGAAAAGUGACUGUUAAAUUCUGCCAUUAUUUUGAUCAUAUUUAUUAAAAUCAUUUAAAAACUACAGCAUUUUUUACACUGAAAUUUCCAUUUAGCAAAAACUUGACAGAAAAAUUCAUAAAGUUAACGCAAAAAAAUCCUAGUUUCUUUGUGUCUCCGAAGAAAUUGGUGAAUAAUGAAAUUUGACAAUUAGGGCAAACAAAAAAAAAAAAAGACAGAUUUUGUAAAUUGACGCAAGAAAAUUAGACAGGAAACUGUCAACGAUAAUAAAUCUUCCCCUUUGUAUUGUAUGGAAUUAUCUGUGUAUUGAAGCUCUGUGUAUCCAUUGCAGUGAUCCUGGCUGUGUGUGAUAGUUAUCGGUAUCUCAUUAUUGUAUCCAGCUCCGGGUAUGGUAUCUCUGUAUUGUACGUCACUUAGUCUAUCUCUAUACUGUAUCCAGCUCUGGGUAUGGUAUCUCUGUAUUGUACUUCACUUAGUCUAUCUCUAUACUGUGUCCAGCUCUGUGUAUGGUAUCUCUGUAUUGUACUUCACUCAGUCUAUCUCUAUACUGUGUCCAGCUCUGGGUAUGGUAUCUCUGUAUUGUACUUCACUUAGUCUAUCUCUAUACUGUGUCCAGCUCUGUGUAUGGUAUCUCUGUAUUGUACUUCACUUAGUCUAUCUCUAUACUGUGCCCAGCUCUGGGUAUGGUAUCUCUGUAUUGUACUUCACUCAGUCUAUCUCUAUACUGUGUCCAGCUCUGUGUAUGGUAUCUCUGUAUUGUACUUCACUUAGUCUAUCUCUAUACUGUGUCCAGCUCUGUGUAUGGUAUCUCUGUAUUGUACUUCACUCAGUCUAUCUCUAUACUGUGCCCAGCUCUGUGUAUGGUAUCUCUGUAUUGUACUUCACUCAGUCUAUCUCUAUACUGUGUCCAGCUCUGUGUAUGGUAUCUCUGUAUUGUACUUCACUUAGUCUAUCUCUAUAAUGUGCCCAGCUCUGGGUAUGGUAUCUCUGUAUUGUACUUCACUUAGUCUAUCUCUAUACUGUAUCCAGCUCUGGGUAUGGUAUCUCUGUAUUGUACUUCACUUAGUCUAUCUCUAUACUGUGCCCAGCUCUGUGUAUGGUAUCUCUGUAUUGUACUUCACUUAGUCUAUCUCUAUACUGUGCCCAGCUCUGUGUAUGGUAUCUCUGUAUUGUACUUCACUUAGUCUAUCUCUAUACUGUGCCCAGCUCUGUGUAUGGUAUCUCUGUAUUGUACUUCACUUAGUCUAUCUCUAUACUGUAUCCAGCUCUGGGUAUGGUAUCUCUGUAUUGUACUUCACUUAGUCUAUCUCUAUAAUGUGCCCAGCUCUGGGUAUGGUAUCUCUGUAUUGUACUUCACUUAGUCUAUCUCUAUACUGUGCCUAGCACUGUGUAUUGUAUGGAUAUCUGUGUAUUGUAUUUUAUGAGCAUCUGUUGUGUUGGGUUGAGUACAUGAGGUUAAGCGGACAGAUGCCACAGGUCAGAAAUGACGUUUACAGAGAUCUGGAUAGAGUCCAAUACCAUGGAAGGCGUCUGUUGCCGUAGCAUCUUAAAACUUCACCAGCCGCCUCUGAUGUCAGAGAAGAUAACUAUGAGGCAGUGAAGAGGUGAAUUAUAGAUCGGUCUGGUAUUAGGAUGGCUAGGAUUCAGGGCGGCCUCCGUAUAGCACAUUCUGUGGAGGCAUGACCAGAGAAAAUCCUAAGUGUGCGUAUGGCAUGUCUCUGAUACAUGUCCCAGGGCACACUCCUGCACCUUGUGCAUCAUGGGAUGGUGGCGUUGCUGCAACAGAGAAAUGCAAAGGACGUAAAUACAUUGUUUUACUUUCGCUGUGUUAUUCGGCCCAGUUAAUGCUUAAAAAGAUACUAUAGGUACCCAGACCACUUCAGCUCAUUGAAGUGGUCUGAGUGCUGUGACCCUUUUGCAUUUAGUGCUGCAAUGUAAAACUGCAGUGUUUACAUUGCCCUCUGGGGGCGCUUCCUGGAUCGAAAUGGACCUUUGGUUCGGUAUUUGACACUGGAGGAGGAGGGCGGAACCGAGACCCAGAGCCGAGGGACAUCGUCGCUGGGAUCAGGUAAGUAAAUAAAGGGUCUUUAACCAUUUAUUUAAUGUGGAGAGAGGGGGUAGGCAGGGGAAACGAUGGUGCCAGGAAUACAGCUUUGUAUUCCAGGCACUACAGCAUCCCUUUAAGUAGCGUCUACUAGAGAGACAAUUACUUUUUCAAUUGUUCUAAAAAAUGAUCUAAAAAUCGGUGAGCUUUCUCUGGCUAAAUUCUGCCAUUUUUUCCAGUAAUAUUCUUUUCAGAAAAGACAGCCAAAUUUAGAGUGGCAGAAAAAAGGGGAAGUAAAACAGAGCCACUUUUACUGGUGUGACAGAAAUAUUGAUAAAUAGGUUGUGUUGACGGAAAUACUGAUGUACAUAAAAAAAAAAAAAAAAAAAUUUUUAAAGACUUUCUAUGCGAAGUAUGCAACAGACUAAAACUCCACAAUAGUUUUAAUAAAUUGCGGGGAAAAAAACUCCCUCAAAACAGUUUGCAAUACUGAUAAAUGUCACUCUUUUUUUUCUCUAUUUUUCUUUAGCAAUGUUUGCCAUGCCUGUGCCUGAACGGGAUUGUGUGUUCAUUUCCUAAAUAUUUAAUAUGUGAUUUUCACUGAUUUCUUCAAAAGUACGCUUUCCUAUUACUAAUAAACGUUAAACUGCGAUUUUUAUUUAUUUAUUUUUAAAAAGAACCUUUGCAGUUCAGCUUCCCUCCCAUGUUAUAUGAAGUUGGGCCGCUCUGCUGAGAGGGCACGGCUUGCAGAGAAUUCUCGUUUCUCCAGCUUGACGGCAGCUGGUCUGGUGUAAUUCAGGCAACUCGUGUCAUAAAAGUACAUUUUACAACUAGUGCAAUUUAAAAACACAGUAUAUCUCUGUAAAUUAAUUAAAUGUUGUUUUACUCUCCAGGAAUCUGUGCUGGAGUCUGACAAGAUGGUGGCAUUAUUUGUACAUACUGUGUCUGUCUGUUUUUUUGGGGGGGUUUUUUUGUGCAAAAAAUUGAGCGCUAGAGCCUCUAACAUUAACUCAUUUUAUGGACAGUGCAAUCGAAAGUGCCCGACUUUGCGAGCUCAUUUAAAAGAUGUCAUCUUCUGUAUCUAGUCGCCAUGCGCGAAGCAUUUACUGUAUGCAAUCUCAUUAAAUUAGUUUCAUUAAUUAUAAAGUUACGGUAUAUUCAAACCCUGCUCUGAAUUUCUGACCCACCCUGUACAGAAUGGACUGGACAUGAAAGGGCAGUGUUUUUCCACCAAAACACUGCCGAGGUUUUAAUCAAUAUAAUAAUCUCGGCCCUUGGUAGUUGCAGAGAACUGGUGGUAACCUCACCUUAGUUAUUGUUAUGGUAGAACUCACUUUGACCUUUUUUGCCAUGCUUUCCAGCUGUGUGGUUUUUGAUUAUUGGCCUUUUAGCAUGUGAUUAAACAUGCUGUGUUUGUAGCAACCUUAGAAUUGUUGGGUUGUUGGCUGUUGUCCAUGUUACUAUGGAGAAUGCUUGGCUCCCCACCCUAAUGGAAUGCUAACGGUAACAAGCAGUCCAAGUGUGAUAGGUUUGUUUGCUUAAGUAAGUUAAUUAGCCAGCCAUGCAAACUAAUCUCAAUUCAAUCCCUCACGCUAAAAUAUAUAUUUUUUUCCUUUGUUGUCUCUCUAUGACAGGGGUUCCAAAUAAAUUUUUCCCGUGGAACCCUUUGACACAGUAUACCAACAUAGUGGAACCCGCUGUAGCACAAACCUUGUAAUAAGUGGCUUUUUAAAAUUUUUUUAUAAUCAUUUUAAAAUAUUUUGCUGAUAAACUGUUUAGUCUUAUGAUACUCCUGAAGUUUUUGCUUAAAAAAGUCAUUGUCUUUAUCUUCGUACUCCGCGUGGUUUUGCUCAAAAUGACGACGUAAUUUAGCAGGUGCUAACGAACUGUUUGGCAAUAUUUUCUUGCAAAGUACGCAUUGUGGAAAUUUUUUAUUUCUGGCACUUGUGAAUCCAAAUGAUAAGUAGUAUUUAUUUUCUUUGUUUGAGAAGAAGAUUGGCCAGCAUUGUGUGCUUUUCUUUUUAAUUUUGACUUGUCACUUGUCUCUGCUAUUUGAGGAACAGUAGGGAUUUAUUUUCUUGUUUUCUUGUUAUAUCUUUUUUUCUCAGUUUCUAUAAGUGACGAACAGUUAGAAGUAGUACCGUAAUCAUUUUUCUCUUCAAAGUUCCUUGUUUUAACCAGAUGUCCAAAUUCAUGGUUGUUGGUAAAAUAAACAAAACACUUCUCUAACCUUAAAAAUCUGAUUUUGCUACCGGACUGCAAUGGAUUCCGUUUCUUAUAAAGCUCUUACAAAGAACUUAAUGUAAGCAGGAUUUUUAGUCAGUCUUGGAGCAAAAAGAUUAGCACACUUUCAAACAGAUCUCCCUACCUGACUGAAAAGGAUGGUUUAUAAAGCAUAAGCAGGAUUUUGAGUCCGUCUUGGAGUGUAAAAACACUCUAGUACAGAUUUCACUACCUGACUGCAAAGUGUGCUGUUUUAACAGCUCUUAGAAUUAACCUACAUUUACUGAUUUCUACAGAUAGUAAGGAGAAAAAAGUACAUGUAAAUAAGUUUAACCAACAAAAAAUAUGAGAACCCCAACCCACUAGCUUGUUUUUAGCUGCAAACCUUUAGCACAGUCUCUACAAAAAAAUUUAAAUAAAUAAACUUAUCCCCAUAUGCCACAAUGGGCAGUACUCUAAAGGUCAGUUAUCUAUAAAGGCAGUAAAAUAUACCCUUUCACUUUCCAUGCCAUAUUAUUUUGCGUGUUAUAUAUGCCUGAUUUACUUUUUUUUUUUAUAGAAAAUAAAGGGCAUUUUUUCUGACAUCUACUACUAAUUUUCUCUGUCACUCAUAUUCUUACUGUUAUGUUUAAACCAGCUCGUAUGAAUAACACUGCACUGACAAAAAAAAAAAGAGUGUAAAAAGAAAUCCUCUCUCCUGUGAGCGGAGCGUCUGCCUGAAUGCCUCCACUCUCUUUUACUGAAAUGGGUGACGGAGGGGCGGGCUGACAGCAGGCAUGCAUAACGGCAGUCUUGCGAUCUCUUAAUAAGACCGCGGUCACGUGAUCGCUGCUGUUUCCGACCUUCCAGUAACAGCAGGAAGCGACGGCCAUCUUGAAUGUGGCAGUUCACGGCGGAACUCCAAUUUGGUUCUCGGGGAAUCCUAGGGUUCCGCGUAACACCAAUUGGGAGCACUGCUCUAUUGUGAUUAUACUGGAUACAAACAAUAGAAUCAGUGACACUUUCAUGGUUAUAUAUUUAUAGAGAAAUGCCGUACGAUUGCAUGUUCUCUCAGACAUUCCUUCACUAGUGCUGUAAGGGUUAGUGCAGUAUGGCAGGGGUUAAUUUCAUUUAUGUGCCAUUUACAUUUAAAAAAAGAAAAAAAGUAAUAAUUAAAAGACUAGUGAAUUUUUACAAAAUGAAUAGCGCAGCCCAUAGCUAACUUUUAGCUGGCUAUCGACGUGCGCUUAGAUAUAAUUAGCAACAGUUUCCAUUUGAAAAAAUAAAAAGGGUUAAAGGAACACUUUAGUGUUAGUGCUACAAAGCGAUAUAUUCCGAACAUUAAAUUGUCCCACUGCCCCCAGGGCCCCUACUCGUCAAUGAAAGAGUUAAAACACCCCUAUUUUUUUCUUACCUGUUUCCAGUGCCGAAUGGCGGUGCUGGGUUCUCUGAGCACCGCUUGUAUUAGGCCUUCCCUAUAGGAAAGACUAGACUCACUGCUUUCUUAUGGGGUUUUGCUUGACACUGGAUGUCCACAUGCAGCGCAUGUCUUAACCCUGCAAUGUCUACACUGCAGUUUCUCUAAAACUGUAAUGUUUUCCAUUGCAGGGUUAAUGGAACAGGGACACUGCAUCCAGACCACAUCAAUCAGUUGAAGUGUCCCUUCACACCCCCAAAGUUAAAUAUAAGUAGCUUUUGAAUUGUUAAAAAAUCAACGGUGUGACAUUUCCUGAUUAUGAACAAAGGCGUAGUGAAAUCCAUUUUGGAGCAUGUUGUUGAACUGUAGGGAUUACAUGUUUAUAGAGAAUAAAAAUUUAACCAAUACAUUGUACUGGUCAUUUUGUAUUUAAAUGUCUAUUUUAUAUGUCAGCUGCCAAGCUAGGCAGUAAAUUUCCUCGGGGCCGGAAGCUUGUUUGAGCUGGGUACUUAUCAAUCUAUUGUUAGUGUCAGCAUUUGUCAUAGUUUGUCUCAUUUGUUGUCAAAGUCCACUCAAUAAUAUUGUAAAGCUCUACUGAAUAUGUUAGCGCUAAAUGAAUGCCAAUAAUAUUAAAUUGUUCUCAACGGCUACCAUACCUCCCAACAUCGGCAGUAUCCGAUUUGGGACGCCGGUGGGAGGGGAAUAACAGGGUGCAUAGUGCCACCAGUUACCGCAGUGUCCUAUUGCCCUUUCAAAUGAUGCCCUCUUGGUAUGAUUGUUGGGGACAGUUCCCUGGUGUCCUGCUUUUGGGUGGGAUGGCAGAACCUCACCUGAAAAUCAGGACUGUCCAAGCAGAAUCAGGAUGGUUGGGAGGCAUGAACUACAGUGCAUGCAAAGUGGUUAUUCCACUAGCCAGCAACGGCUAGAGGAGUGUAGGAAUGGAGUCACUGAUAUCACUCUGUUCAAAAUGUUGAUGCACUGGCAAUAAAGUACUUUUAGUAGCGCUUUUUUUCCUAUUUAAAAUGUAAAAUUAAUUAUAACAUAUUCACAGUGUGUGGGUUGGGAGUUCAGUUAACGUGAACGUGUGAAGCUUCACUUUAAUACAAAUUAUAGGUAGGGUUACCACAUCCACCAUGUUUUCAGGGAAACCUAUAAUGUUGCCUUAUUUAUGAAAACGCAUGCCCUGCUUUAUGUAUAAUGCAUAUUCUGCAGGAUUCUUCGUUGUCCAAUUACUUAAUCUUAUACACCUACUUCUGAAUUCUACAUACUACAGGGGAACCCUUUUCAUGUGCUACCCAUCAAUAUGUAUACAUGAAAUGUGUCCCUGAAAACAUGGUGGAUAUGGUAACCCCAGUUAUAGGUGAUUUUCUUGGUUUUAAUAACAGUUAAGUGGUACGCAAAGGGCUGCACUUGACAAUUCUGUCAGUGCUUGGAGGGAGGGUUGAAUUUUGGGGAAUCCCCUGGGUUUUGUCAAACUACGCCCAUAUCCACCUUGACCAAUACAAUAAGCACAAUGGUGAAUAUUUCACCCUUGCAUAGUUUCUCUGAAUUCAGAACCCAAAUGUAUUUAUAUUCGGUAUUAAAGAGUUACCCCAACCAAAAGCCAGUUUUUAAGAAAAUACCGUUGUUGGUUGGAGUAACCCUUACAAGCAUUGUCUUUCUUCCUCCCAACCCCCAAUAAAAAAAAUUAAUAAAAAGAUGAAACUUACUGGUGUUUUAGCUCUGAGGCCAAGUUGUCCCAGAAGCCUGCUCAUCCUCUGCUCAUGUUUCUCUCCCUUGCUGGAGGGGGAAGUAAGUCAGAUAGGGGGACAUGGGCAGCACUGGGCAGCACAGAACUGGAGCCAGAUGCCAGUUUUGCACCGAAUUGAUUUUAACCAUCUUCCUUUGGGCUGGCUAAUGAUGCCCAGUGACGCUGCCAGAGGUGGUGUUACAGAGGGGUUAAUCUGUGCAUCGUGCAGAUUCCAUGCACCAUGACCACUUCAAAUCACCAACGUGGUCAUGGUGCUUGGAGUAACCUUUAAAAUCUGUGUCUAGUUCCUGCAGGGUGUGAAAAAUUGCUUAAUUUGCUAUUUCAUUUCCCCCAGUCCUGCUAAUUUUGUCUACAAUUUGUAAUUCUUUUUCAAUGCUCAGAUUUUCUGGUCUAGUGAAUAACUUGCCUAAGUGUGUGGUGUUUGCAGUAACUACACAUAAAGCCAUAUCGCGAAUGCUGUUUUUUUUUUUGUUUUUUUUUUCAUUGUACUCCGUCUGAUUUUACAUUUUUUUUUUGUUUGUAGCAGCUUCGAGCCCAAAAGAAGAGGAUGACUCUGUCUUCGUCCAGAUUGCGGCCUCGAAAAAAUAAAAUCCUAAGGAUCGAUUUCUUGAACACAUGAAGUUACGCAACAAACUUUAUUUGUCUGGAAUAAGUGUUUAAUCAUCAUUGGCCCACCAUGCACACUAUUUACCUAGCACGAAUUGAUAAGCCCCAUUUUUUGCUACUUUUGUUUUGCUCCCAAGUACUAUUUAUGUUGCUGUUGUACCGGAGGGGUGCCGCAAGCCUGCUGCAUGGAAUAUUUGGGGGUUCGUCCAUGAUAUGGGACUACUCGAAGUCACACGAUGUGUACACCAACCUCAGCUUCUUUACUCCGGAUCCAGAGGCCGUGAAGACUCAGUAUUGCCCUGUAAAAUCUCCAAUACUUGGUAUGUAUGAAGCUAUACAAUUAUUAAUAUUAGAAAAAACAAAACAAAAAACAGCAUCAGAAACAAAAUGUGAGAGCCAAAAUUUGGGAGAUAAGAUCAUAAAACAGGAGAAUUUACAUUAAAACGUAUUACAAUAAGAAAAAGAAAUAAGACAAAUAAAAUAAGUACCCACAGGAAAAUGGCAGCAGUCCCAAAAUUAUUGUCCUUGUAGCAGAUAUUUUGUGGGAUCAGGGUAUGGUUUCCUAAAAACCUUGUGGGAGAGUAUUUUCUUUGUGAUACUGUCUAGUCACAAAGAUGCUCAGAGUACGUAGAAAUAUAUAUAAAAAAAGGAAAACAGUAAAAAAAACUCCAAUAGUGUAACAAGUCUUAAAAGCGUAGUGCACGGUUAUAUAAACAUUCCAAUAUACUCACAUUGAGUAGAGCUAAAACCAGAUGUAAUAUGAUGAAUGUACAGUAGUAUAAAUCCCCACUUUUAGGAUAUUAAUAGGACAUGUAAUCGGCAGGUAUCACAGCAACAAGAUGUAAAUAUAAAACAACAAUAGUGCUCUCUGUGUAAAAGCAGAACCAGGAGUAAAUAUAUAUAAAUUGUACUCACAUUUGUUUGAGCAGAUGACUGCUCAGUUUUUGCAGCGUUGGUGGUAUAAUCUUGGUGAGAUCCUCACUGACUAGCUCUCUCUCCCUGUGUCUCCCAGCACUGUAUCCAUUACCUCUUCGCUGUGACACUGAAGGCAGGCUGCUUAAAACACAAUCUCUGACUGGUGACAAAUUCCAGGCCUCACUAUACGAAUCGUAAUUGGAAUUGGUCACCAGUCAGUGAUUGUGUAUCAAAGGGUCUUUGAGGGGGAAUCCCCCUUUUCAGGUGUGCUGCCUCCCAUAAUGUUAUUAAGCUCUGCUCCAUUCUUCCUCCUCACUAAUUAUUAAUAUUAUUAUUGUUAUUUAUAUAGCACAAACAUAUACAAAUAUCCACACACACGCUCGGUUACAUACAUACACAAGUACACAUACACACCGAUACACAGCCAUAAGUCACAAUAAACAUUGUUUUAAUCAUAGCAUUUAACUUAACUCAGCAAGGUGAGAGGAAGUGAUCUGGUUCAGUGCAGGUUACCGGGCCCCUGACAUAAGUGGCCUCCCGAGUCCCACAAUGUUCCGAUGGGCCCCCACCCUUGUCAGUCUCUGCUCCCUCGCGGUCUGAGUCCCUCGUCAGUCUCUCUAUUCACACCUAAGACACAACAACCUCUGGUUUUGGUCAAACCACUAUAAAAAAAGUAUCACCUAGAACCGAGGAAACAUGUGCAGCCAGGUGCUUGAACUGCUUCUUAAUCUCAUUUUAAAAUAUAUUCUUUUAAUCUGCACAAUGUAGUAUGGUGUCUAGAGUAAGUCGUUUUCUGUAUGUUGUGUAAAGUAUUUGUAUUUUUUUUUUAUCUCAAGUACUGUGAUGUUUCUAAGGGCACAUUGUUUUUACAUAAGCGAGGUGUACAAAGUUUAACUUUAAUUACUACUGCGCAAAUCAAUACAUACCGAGCAGUGGUCUCUGCAUGGUCCUAGUGCCCUCAGUGCCAGUGUUUCUAUUGAUGCAUUUACAUAGUGGUGGCUGCGGAUUCAGGACACCAGGGAACCAACCUGAGACGGCAAGGCAAUAAUCUGAAAUAGGGACUGUCCUGCCACAAUCUAGGCAGUUGGGAGGCUUUUAUAACUGAUGCUGCUUUAAAUAUAAAUCUUGCUAAACCAAUGGACUAUUUUUGUAGUCCUUUAGUGUUUUGUCGAGCUGUUUUUAAUUUGUUAUGCAAGGUAUUCAAAGCCCAUCCUGUAAUCCAAAUCCUUGGAUGUCACGAACACACUCUGUACUCAGACCUUGCUUCCAUUUUCCACACAUUCUUUAUGCUAUACCCUAGCACAGGCUUCCCCAAACUCAGGCCCUCCAGAUGUUACUGGACUACAGCUCCAAUGAUUCUCAGCCUAUCUGUUUCUUUCAUAGAAUUAUGGGAGUUGUAGUUCAGCAACAUCUGGAGGGCUGGAGUUUGGGGAAGCCUGCCCUAGCAUGAGGAAUCUCUCACCUUAUGCAAUACAUUCAGUGUGAGCACGCUGUACAUACUCACUCCAUUCACGACCUUGGAUGAUUUCCCUAGAAUGAUGUUCCAAGGUCAGGGGGUGCACUUGGAUGCUGGAAAUUGCUGGAUUUGUCAAAAUGAUUGAAAACGACAUGGCAGUUAAAUAGAAUGGAUUUUAAAACCUUAGUCUCCAAAACCGUAGUUUUGGUGCUUGGAAUGUCCCUUAAAUGAAAACUAACAUGGAUAGAAAUAUACAAAACUUUAAAAAAAAAAUAGGAAUAGGAAGGCCAAUAUAUUUAUGAUAUAACUUUCUCCUUGAUUCAAACUUUGUAAUUUUAUCUUAUUUUUGCCUCCUUUUCCUUUUUGUAGCCAGCAGCACUUGUAUGCUUUUUACUGGUCCUCGCAAUUUGUUAAAGGAACACUAUAGCACCCCUGUCUGUGCAGUAAGAAGGUGAUUUUGCUCACCUGUUUUCCCAGGCCACGUGUGGUUGGUCGCACCUUUAUGGCAGAGAUUAUCAUCUUGAUGAUCUCAGCCAAUCCAAUGCUUUCCCAUGGGAGAACAUUAGCAUUCUACUGCGCAUGCAUGGCAAAACGCCACGCUGCACCAAUCAGCAUCUCCUCAUAGUUACAUUAAAUCAAUGUAUCUCUAUGGGGAAUGUUCAGCACCUCAAUGCAGAGUACAGUGUGCAGCACUGAACUAGAAAGCACCUCCAGUGGCCAUCUGAGUGACUGCCACUAGGCACCAAUGUAAACCCAUUUCUCUGAAAAGGCAGUGUUUACAUUGAAAAUUCUGCAGGGGCAGGAUAUACACACCAGAACCAUGGAAAUUGACGCAUGGGGAAGCUAUAGUGCAAGGAAAACAAGUUUGUAGUGGUUCUGAUGUCUUUAGAGUCCCUUUAAGUAAAUGUUCCACCUAACCUCUACCCCUUCAUGAGCACUGUAAAUUGUAAAUUAAGGCAAUGUAAGUAGUGGAACAAAAUAAAAGCAGGAGUGAUGUCCGCUACUGGCAGUUAUGUUUGGUAUUUAUUGUGUACACACCUUAUUACACUCAGCACAGAGAUAUUGUUAACAUUUGUGACCAAAACUGAGAAAUCUGUAUUUUCUUUCAUUUAUAUGGAGCUACAUUUUAUGAUAUCAGUUUAUUUGAUGUCAUUACUGCCUGGUCCCAUUAUCUUUUUCCUGGCGUUUCUGGAAUCUGCCUAUCAAGUCUAUGACUCUUUCCAAAAUUCUAAAACUUGAAGGAGCACUAUAGGGUCAGAAAAGCAAACAUGUAUUCUUGACCCUAUAGUGUUAAAACCACCAUCUGGGCCCCCUUGCACUCCUAAAUAUAGCAAAAUCUUACUUUUAUUGCAGUCUGCUGCUGGCUCUGCCCCUGAUCUGACUGCUUGGCUGACAUCAUUAGAAGUGAUUCACAAUGCUUCCCUAUAGGAUUGUCUGAGACUGUCAAAGAGGCAGAUCAGGGGCAGAGCCAGCACAAGUCAAACACAGCCCUGGCUAAUCAGCACCUCCUCAUAGAGAUACAUUGAAUCAAUUCAUCUCUAUGAGGAAAGUUCAGUGUCUCCAUGCAGAUGGCCACAGGAAUCACCUCUAGCAGCCAUCUGAGGAGUGGCCAGUGGAGUGAUCACCAGGCUGUAAUGUAACCCCUGCAUUUGCUCUGAUAAGACAGUGUUUUCUGCAAAAAGCCUGAAGGGAAUGAUUCUACUCACCAGAACAAAUACAAUAAGCUGCAGUUGUAAUGGUGACUUUAGUGUCCCUUUAAGUGAGGCAAGACUUUGGGUAAUGUUGCAGGAGUGCUAUUGUGCCUUCACAAUAUAGGGAGAUGUGACACAUAAAGUUGGAUACACUGCAAAUAACGUGCCAUCUAUUGAAUAUAAAACGGUGUUAGGAAACAUAUACCCUAUUGUGAAACUAUUUACUAAAGUAGACACUUAAUGGUCCUGAGGAUUAUUGAUCAUUUUCAAGCAUUAUUGAUCAGUAAGAAUUUGGACUAGGAAUAAAAUAAGUUACUAAAUGUGUGUUGUACUUUAUAGUUCAAUUAAAGAUGUGAUUUAUGCUUGCCACAAAUAUGUAAAACAAAAUGACAUCAGUCAGUUUACUGCUGUAUCCUCCACAUCAUGUUUUUAUUUAGGAUUAGAUUAUAGUAAAAAAGAUAUUUUGCAGAAUCUCAGUAGUAGAUUCACGGAAUAACCUCCGAGUGGUAGUGAAAAAGAAGCCGCAGUAACAAAAUUGAUGUAAACUUGGGAACUGCAUCUGUGUAAUAGAGCUAAUAUGGUGAACGGGCUUGAUUAGAGAGUUACUCCAACCAAAACAAAUGUUUUUAUAAAAUAAAUAGAUAACGUUAAAACUCACCUCGAUCCAACACUUUUCUCCCUGCAGCUUAAAGAACCACUAUAGUGCCAGGAAAACAUACUCAUUUUCCUGGCACUAUAGUGCCCUGAGGGUGCCCCCACCCUCAGGGCCCCCCUCCCGCCGGGCUGGAUGGCGAGGAAAGGGUUAAAUCUGACCUUUUUUCCAGCACCAGGCGGGGAGCUCUCCUACUCCUCUCCGCCUUCUCACCUCCUCCUCGGCUGAAUCUGCAUGUGCGGCAGGAGCUGCGCGCGCAUUCAGCCAGUCUCAUAGGAAAGCAUUCAUAAUGCUCUGAAACUGCUAUGUUUAUUAAAAAAAGGGUUAAUCCUAGAGGGACCUGGCACCCAGACCACUUCAUUAAGCUGAAGUGGUCUGGGUGCCAAUAGUGGUCCUUUAAUCUUCCAUAGCUGACGUCACUCGCCGGAGGUGAUGGGAGUGAGGGCGUGCUGAGGGAAGGACAUGGGCAGCGGCAGAGGGAUUAAAUUUUGUUUGUGCAAUAUUUCAUAACAAAAUCAUUACUCUGUAAUAGAAUUACUAGAGGAGAGUGAUUGAUUAAAUUGUGUUAUGGUACGCACAUUACAUCGUUGCAUAUUACUUUGGGUUAAAAAAAAAAAGACUAAAAUCCAUCAACUUCAACCUUGAAAGCCAUUCGUUAAUACUUUUGACCCAAAAGAAGACAAACAAACCCAAUUGUACUUAUUUCCAAUUAUGCCACAAAAAGGGACAAAAUCCUUCCUGACGCCAUAAUGGCAACCUCUUCAGGCAGAAGAUUCCACAUCUUUAUUCGUACUCUAAAGAACCCAUUCCUCUGCUGUAUGUGAAAACUCUUCUCACUCUUCCCUGUUAAUAAAGAAGCGAAUCGACUGAUGUCAUUCUGCUCUGUCUACAAUUUGCUGUUAGUGAUGUCAGUGUGUUGACACCAUCAGGGAGUAUUGGACCGCCGUCGGUUUGUUAAAGGAACAAAGCAACUUUAGUUUAAUUAAGUGGUUUUGGUGUGUAGAUCAGUCUCAACACUCGUUUCUUCGCGAUUUAGGAGGUAAAUCACUUAUACAACCUACCUAAGAAAUAAAAUGUUUAAACUUCCUUUAUUGCACAGUCUGCUAAAGGGAUCCUAUAGUGCUAGGAAAACAAACCCAUUUUUCUGGCACUAGCUUCUAGAGCGCCCCCCUCCCGCCGGGCUAAAGGGGUUAAAACACAGUCAGCCACUUACCUGAAUCCAGCGCCGAUGUCUCUCAACGCUGGGUCAGGCUCCGCCCAUACUCUUCAUGGUCGCACUCGCGUUAGACCUCCCCGUAGGAAAGCAUUGUAAAAAUCUGAUGCUGGAGGUCCAUUUGGAUUCCGGAAACCCUCUGAGGGCAGACUUCGAGCUACAAUGUAGACAUUGCAGUUCCCUGGAACUGCAGUGUUUUACAUUGCAGCACUAAGUGCAAAAGGGUCACAGCACCCCGACUGCUUCAAUUAGCUAAAGUGGUCUGGUUGCCUACAGUGUCAUUUAAAUUUAGAAUGUAUCUCCUGAUCUGUUAAUUGCCUGCUCGAGACUGCUACAGCCUCCUCUGUGUGUUAAAGUUCAAGUAACAGUGCAGAAGAUAAAAAUUUCUAACGUAAACACACUGUGUUGUCACAUCUGAUUGAAAAUUAAACUUGAAAACCAAAACAAACAUUUCGGAUACGGCUGAACAAAUCUGUAAAAGGAACAUAAAAAAAUAUAUAUAGUGAAGUACAGUUAGCGCAAUCAAUCAUGCGCUAUACAUGAAUGCACUCACGAGAUUGCGUAGAAUAAAGCGCUCAUAAGGUGCCUCCCCCGUUGUAGUGGGGGGCUAGUGGUCCCCUUUUCGUUGUAACCAAUGGUACAGAGGACUUCGAACGGGUGAGGAUAGAAAAUCAAUUAUUAAUAUAAAAGGUGAAUAAUCACCAUCAGCAUAGGAUAAAAUAGAAAAAAAAAGGUUGGUCCUACGCGUUUCGUUUUCUUAGGAACUUCCUCAGGGACCGUAAUGACAAUAAAAUUAAUUAUAAUAUUACAGAAUGUAAAAAAACUUGUUUUACAUGCAUGCGGUGAGAGUCACAGCCAGCCAUGCAGUGUGGCUAGGGCUGCAUAAACAGAAACAAAAGUGAUUUAGCUCCAAAGUGGCAGAGAAUUGAGCAGUGAGACAGCAUGGGUAUGAUCUACACACCAAAACUGCUUCAUUAAGCUAAAGUUGUUUUGGUGCUUUAGAGUAUCCCUUUUAAAUAGUAUGGUUUUUUUUUGUUUUUUAUUUACAGUGGCAUGGUCCCUGCGCUUGUUGCCAAAGUUUAAACCCUGUGGAUUGGGCCUGUCCUUCUCAGAUAGGUAUGACUCACUGACUUUAACAAAUGGCCUAUGAGACACGCAGGCUGAGACACAUAUAGAUACCCUGUGACACACGUUAUUCUGCAUAGCUGUGUCCAGGAAUUUCUUACCGCUGUAUACACUGUCCAAAUAAAGGUCAGAUAUGACACAACCCUCCAUCCGUAUGACUUAAUUUAGCAUAUCGAAUAGGUCACUGUGAAGAUGAUUGACCAGUAACAAAUCAAAACAUGUUUUUAAGGCAAUAUUGGAAAGGCAAUCCAUGAAUUGAGGUUUGAGACAGUGGACGAGUGCACUGCGGAGCUCUUUUUACUGUUGUAUUUGUCAUUUUUGUCAGUAACGGCCGUGGAAAGCGUAGUCGGAAUGUGUACUUUGGAUUGUUUGCCCUUUUACCUGUUUAAAACCUGGUUGCCAAAUAGUUGUUAUUUAUUUAUUUUGGAGAGCUAAAAUUUAAAGGGACACCAACUUGAAAUAUCUGUGACACAAUCUUUUAAAGGAACACAAAAAAAAAUCACUUUCAGAUUACAUAUACAUAUAUAUAUAUUCCAAUAAAUUCCUGCACUCGGGCCAUUUAUCCAAAACUAGUGCCGGCUGCUGUAAGCCAGGACCAAUAAAUAUAAAAAUAUCAAUAAUGUGUUAAAAUGUCAUGCUUUAUUUAAGUUUUUUUUUUUUUUUAAACGUGAAUUAAUGCCUCAGUCCCCGUUUGGGACUUUCAUCAGGGUCAAGGGUAAGUUAAGACAAGAAAACAGGCAUAUUUGUAACAAAAUAAUAAAAAUAAUUGACUUAACCUAGGUGCAUAGUGUAACACGACUGGCAUCCCGCUGUGCAAAGUGCGCAUUUCACCCUGAUGAAAGUUCCAAACGGGACUGAAACGUUGAUCCACAUUUAAACUUUUUUUUUUUUUACAAAAAUUCAAGCCUGAAUGAGUGACCUUAUGUCCUAUGUAUAGCCCUGUUUAUUAAAAGAUUUUCAGACAAUGGUUUCUAUUGGCCCCCAAUAUAUUUGUAUAACGUUCCCUCUGAUGUGCUGUUUUUCCAAACUAAAGAGAUUUACAUUUUUUAACAUUUCUUCAUAAAUAGAAUGCUCCAUUCCUUCUAUUAAUUUUCUAGCUCGUCUCUGCACUUUCUCUAGUGCCAUGAUAUCCUUCUUUAGAACAGGUGCCCAAAAUUGCACAGCAUAUUCAAGGUGUGGUCUUACCAGCGAUUUAUGAAGAGGGAAAAUUAUAUUUUCAUCCCGAGAAUUUAUGCCCCUAUUUAUACAUGACAAAAUCUUACUGGCUUUAGCAACUGCAGAUUGACAUUGCAUAUUGCUGCCUAAUUUGUUGUCAAUAACCGUUCCCAAAUCCUUCUCGUGUCUCGUUGUCCCUAAUUUACUACCAUUUAAGGUGUUAGUUGCUUGUGCAUUCUUUACCCCGAAGUGCAUAACUUUGCAUUUCUCUACAUUAAAUUCCAUCUGCCAUUUUAGCGCCCAGUCCCCCAAUCUAUCUAAAUCCCUCUGCAGCAAAGCAAUAUGCUGCUCACAUUUUAUUAAUUUUGCAGAGUUUUGUGUCAUCUGCAAACACUAAAACGUGGAUUUCAAUGCCUAUUUCAAGAUCAUUUAUGAUAUGUUAAAUAAAAGUGGUACCAAAACAGAACCCUGAGGGACACCACUUACCACUUUUGUCCAAAUUGAAAAUUUACCAAUUAUAACAACUUGUUGUACUCUAUCCUAAAGCCAAUGUUCUACCCAAGAACAAGAAUAUUCAUCUAGACCAAUUUCAAUUGCCGUAUCAAAUGCUUCAGCAAACACCCUGAUCUAUACUUUUACUUACUUCUUUAUGGAAUGCAAUUAGGUUAGUUUGACUUGACCUAUGUUUCAUAAAACCAUGCUGAUUAUUGGUAAUAACAAAGUUCUUCCCAAUGAAUUCCUGAAUAUUGUCCCUUAAUAAACCUUCAAAUACUUUCUCAGUCACAAAGGUUAAGUUUACAGGUCUAUAAAUUCCAGGCAAAGAUUUUGAACCCUUUUUAAAUAAAGGAACCACAUCUGCCUUCCUCCAAUCCUCCGGUACAAUUCCUGAAAAAAAAGAAUCUUGAUUUAAAUAGAGAGGUUCACUUAUUUCCACACUUAUCUCCUUAAUUACUCGUGGGUGAAUACCGUCAGGCCCUCAAGCUUUAUUUAUAUUAAUUUUCUUUAACUACUGUAGCACCUUGUCUUGAGUCAUCCCAAGUUAUCAUUUGGAUAUCUCUUAGUACAUAUAACAUUAUUUUUCUGUUUGUAUGUUUAAAUGUGUGUGAUUUGGUGGGAAGUAAACAAAAGUGCAACUGGUGGUGCCGCAGUCAAGAUAUUUGAAAUUGUUAAUUGUAUAAAUGUAUGUGCCAAGUAUUUACUGUUUACAUACAGAAUCUCCCCAUUGUACUUGCAGUCUACAACAAAUGCAUGUCUUAGAAGAUAGUUACCCGUAGUUAGACAGAAUAAUUAUAAUAUGAAAGUAUUUUCUAAUUCUCUUUCAAUUUACACUUUAUGUAAUUGUUUUUUUUUUUUUGUAAAUCUCUGUUUAUUUGUUUUCCACAAAACAAGAUAGUCAUCAAGCAACAUUUAUGCAUGAAGUCAAAGUGUGUAUAGUGCAAACUUCCGUCGUAGCGAAUGCGGUGUGGCUAUUUACAUAUAAAACGUGAAAAUUACAGAGCCAGCCAUAAAAAAUAAAUUAAAGUUAAAAGUAGUUCUUAUUUAAUUCUUUGUGUGCCACAGUCACAGAUUGCUGUGUAUAAGGGACUAAUAUGUGUAUAAAGACAAUGUUGUGCUCCUCAGUAGAAGACAGUUUAGUCAGUCUGCUUGAGCUAAGACAUUACAUUGAUGGAUAUAAGUUUAUUUUCACAUGGAAUAUAGGCCAACAAUCUAAUCUGGGAGACCAGUUCCCACAGCCAAUUACUUUGAUCAUAACUGAGAACAAUGUUCCUCAAUUACGAUGUAGAAGUGGGAGAGAUUUCCGUUUUAGAUGGUCCACAAAGAGUAGAUUAAAUUAAAUCUCAUUAAACAUUUCGGUGUUUGUGAAAAGGAACAAUAUCCCUUAGAGGUAUGGAAUUUAAGCGUUAUAUUAACUCUUUCGUGAUUGGUCUGGACCAAGUAUAGGCAAUCUGUGCGACAAGGUUUUCUACGUUUGCUUUGGAUCUGUUGAAACCAAAAGAUAUUUUAUAGUGUUUGUAGAACUACAGUUCGCUUGAUGCUUUGUCAGCUGUAGGUCUCCUGCUGGCGGCGUGGCGCUGGCAUACAAGUACGUUUUGUAUACACUGCCAAUACGCAAUUCACAUGUCCGCAUUAACAGCGACAAUUUCUCCCAGCCUGCACAAACCGGAGGCUUUUGGACGCCUGCGAUCUUUAUAGCAGUGCUUGAGAAAUUUGCUUGGAAUCUAGGAGCCAGCUAAAAAAGUUAGGAGCCAGGUUUUUCAACGUCAAAAAUACAAUUCUUAAGUGGAUACUAUAGUCACCAUAACCGCUACAGCGUAAUGUAGUUGUUCUUAAGUCUAUAGCCUAUCCGUGCACGAUUGUCAAAGUAAACACUGUCUUUUCAGACAAAAGACAAUAUUUACAUAGCUGCCUAUUAAUAUCUCUAGUGGCAGUAACCCUGACGGCCUCUAGCGGCACUUUCUCGGUAGGUACUGAACAAUGUGUAGCACCUACAUUGUGUAUUCAUGCUUUGCAAGGAGGCACUGAAUGCUCUCCAUAGGGAUUCAUUGAUUGUCUACGAAGAGAUGUUGAUUGGCGCAGAGUGGCAUUUUCCCGCGCAUGCACAAUAGUCUCCCAAUGCUUUCCUAUAAGGGGGAAGCAUUGGAUUGACUGAGGUCUUCAGUAUUAAAGGAACACUAUAGUUACCUAAAUUACUUUAGCUAAAUAAAGCAGUUUUAGUGUACAGAUCAUUCCACUGCAAUUUCACUGCUCAAUUCACUGUCAUUUAGGAGUUAAAUCACUUUGUUUCUGUUUAUGCAGCCGUAGUCACACCUCCCCUGGCUAUGAUUGACAGAGCCUGCAUGUAAAAAAAAAAACUGGUUUCACUUUCAAGCAGAUGUAAUUUACCUUAAAUAAUUGUAUCUCAAUCUCUAAAUUGAACUUUAAUCGCAUACAGGAGGCUCUUGCAGGGUCUAGCAAGCUAUUAACAUAGCAGGGGAUAAGAAAAUCUUAAUUAAACAGAACUUGCAAUAAAGAAAGCCUAAAUAGGGCUCUCUUUACAGGAAGUGUUUAUGGAAGGCUGUGCAAGUCACAUGCAGGGAGGUGUGACUAGGGUUCAUAAACAAAGGGAUUUAACUCCUAAAUGGCAGAGGAUUGAGCAGUGAGGCUGCAGGGGCAUGUUCUAUACACCAAAACUGCUUAAUUAAGCUAAAGUUGUUCAGGUGACUAUAGUGUCCCUCUAAUGCACUCAGCCAUGGAGGUGGACCCAGCCAUGUGAUUUGGAGGUAAGCAGAUCACCUAAACACACAUUCACUGGCACACACACUCACUGACAGACAGACAGACACGCCCUCUCACUGACAGACACGCACUCUCUCACUGACAGUCAAUGCACACUCUCACUGACAGACACGCACACUCUCACUGACAGACACGCACACUCUCACUGACAGUCAAUGCACACUCUCACUGACAGACACGCACACUCUCACUGACAGACAGACACACAAUCAGACAUACAUACUCUCACAUACAGACACACAUAUACACUCUUACUAACAGGCACACACACUGAUACUGCAACACUCACAAGCACUUUUUCACAUACACAAGUUAUAAUUUAUUUGAUAUAAAUUUGCCCACCCAGCCCCCCUACCUUUAGGGAGAGCUGGAGUGGAUACUGGGGGUCCAGUGGGGCGGCACUGAACGUCUCCUUGCUAAGCCCUUGCUCACUGUUUAGUUAGCCAGGACCAGAAUGACGUCAUAUUCCGGCAUCACUGCGAGGCGCACGGGAGCAGAGCAGGAAGAAUAGCGCUCCCUCGCAGCCUCCGCACUCAGCUGCCUCCCUCUAUCAGCACUUCAUGCUUCACAAGCCGGCCGCCCUCGCUCUCAAUGAGCCGCCUCCCAUGUGAAUUUCCAUUCUCUUUAGUCGAUCAAUAAAAUAUAAUACAGACAAAUACAAAAAGGUGUGGCAAGAGAGACAUAAUUUAAAUUGAAAAGGAAUGAAGAAUAAAACAGGUUAAGAGAGGUAAAAAAGUGGAGGAAUUGUCUACAUACUUCUAAUGUGCAAGGUACAGUCAUUGAACAAUGCUAUUAGGCACUGUAUUCAUAGUUUAUAUUAUUUUAUGAUCACAAUAGUCAUGCAGUCAAACAGCAAGAAAACCAUCAGACAGAAGAUAGAAUGCAAUUUAUUUGAUUGGUUUUUGUUAGGGCUAUUUUUCUUUCCUCCGGGGAUCCUAACGACUGCAGUCCGUACUUUAGGAAUUCCAAUCAGCACAUCACACCUACAGGCCUGGAGAAUUGACUAAAUUCUGCGUUUAUUGGUAUAACGCUUCAGAUUAUAUAGGUAUCUGAUCAUGUCGCAUUACAUCACAUUAUACAGAAUCCGCAAUUAUUUUGGACUGCUGUCAAAGAUUGCUCGUAGUCUCAAGACAUAAGUCGCUUGUAUUUCUAUGCCUAAAUUCCGACUUACAAAAAUAAGCAAUAAGGUCAGGAAGAAUUGCAAUCUGGUACGUUCCAUAUUAUUAAAGUAUUAAUGAUUUAUACAUCUUUUAUAUGAAUAAUAUUUCUCUUAUAUGGGUAAUAUGUAUACGUAGUCUCAGGAUGGAGGGGUAAUAUAAAAUGAUGGAUUGGUUAUAUGAUUUCAUUAAAUCAGUUUACAUAUCUCGUAGUAAUGAACUAUUACCUGCAUAUCACUAUCCUAAGAAUUCAAGAGCUAAUUCGUUAGUGGAAUUUAUUACCUUGAAAUAAAACUAUAAACAAAACCAAACUCUGCCUUGUUAAUUUUACAAGUGGCCUGAUUGUAUUUGUAUUUUAUGCAAAUUUUGUGAUAUACCAUAAUAGCUUGGGGAACCCGAUUGUUUGCUUGUGUGUGUGUGUGUAUAAAUAUGUAUUUAUAUAUAUAUAUAUCAUGAUUCUCAGGAAGUCCUUAAUUUUAUUUUCCCCAAUUUUCUGUAUUUUGACUUUUAUUUUUCUAUGUUUUUUUUUUUUUAGUUGGCCCUUUAACAAUUGUCUACAGCAAACCCCCAAGUUUAAAAAAGAUUCAAAUGAAGAAUCCCUAUGUGACUCAUGGGGGAUACUUUAGUCCAAGACACUGUUUCGGGCGCUACAGAACCGCAGUUAUCAUCCCGCAUCGAAACCGAGAGGUACAUCUCCGAUACUUGCUAUACUAUCUGCAUCCUUUCCUGCAGCGACAGCAACUACACUAUGCAAUCUUCGUGGUGCAUCAGGUACGUUUCUCCAGCUUUUACGAAACCUGUCUUGCAAGUAACCACAUUUCAGAACAGUCUAAUUGGAGGAUUAAGUUGGAGAAUCAAUUUAGCUACGGUCUAAAACAGUCCCCCAUUCUUCUGUCCUCUACAUUUUCUGAAAAAAAUAUUGUUUGCGUUGCUUGUGUGAGUGUAAAAUUAUAACUUUAUCCUCGUGCCUCAAUCUUACAAGUGCAUGUGCGCAUAUGCAGUCAAAUAAAAAAUAUUAGAGAGGAAACUGUGAUUUAUUUUAUUUUAGCAUUAAAACUCUUAAAUUGCUCACUAGUCAUAUAUCCCUGAUCUUUGUUUCAAAAUAUAACUUUAAAAGGAUUAUUUUAAAGCGAGACUCUUAUCCCUGAUUAUUUUUUUCCUAAUUGUGCUGCUUCAUUUGUAAAAAGUUUUUAUUGACAUCAUUUGAACGCCUAUCAAGGCACAAGCUGGCAAAUUAUUUAAAUCUUAUGGUGUUCCAUGAUGCUUUGCAUAUAGCUAAUUUUUUAUUGUUUAUUAUUAUUAUGUUAUUAUUUAUAUAGCGCCAGCAAAUUCCGCAGCGCUUUACAAUGGGUGAACGAACAGAUAUGUAGUUGUAACCAGACAAGUUGGACACGCAGGAACACAGGGAUUGAGGGCCCUGCUCAAUGAGCUUACAUGCUAGAGGGAGUGGGAUAAAGUGACACAAAAAGGUAAGGAUAGUAUUAGACUAGUGACAGUUGCAAGAGAGGAAUCAGUCGGGAGCUAUUAACAGUUUAAUUGAUGCGCUUUUAUGAGGAAGUGUGUUUUUAACGAUUUUGGAGACUGGGUGAGCAUCUAACGGAGGAGGGAAGCGAGUUCCACAGGAACGGUGCAGUCCUCAAGAAAUCUUGAAGGCGAGCAUCAGAGGUGGGAGUACAAACAGAGGAUAGACGUAAGUCUUCAGCAGAUCAUAAGGGCCUAGGGCCUACUUGUGUAUUAGGGAGGAUAGAUAGGUCGGAGCAGCAUUAUGUAGCGAUUUGAAAGCAAGAACCAGAAUUUUAAAUUGAACCCAAUAUCUUACAGGAAGCCAAUGUAGGGACUGACAGAAGGGUGAGGCAUGGGAGCUGCGGGCGGACAGGAAGAUGAGCCUCGCCGCCGCAUUCAUUAUGGACUGUAAUGGUGCAAGUUGGGAGCAAUGUUUUUGAGAUGGAAACGACAGGAUUUGGCGAUAGACUGAACAUGAGGCGUGAAGGAGAGGUCAGAGUCAAAGAGAACACCUAGGCAGCAGGCCUGCAUGGUGGAGUUGAUGGUAGCACCGUUGACUUGGAGGGAGACAGACACAGGAGUAACAACACUUGAGGGAGGAAAUUCUGUUUACAUCUUAUUCACAUAUUAUGGUUGAAAGAUGCUGGUAACUUGGGACAAAAUAUUUUAAUUGGGUUUAUUAGACUGAAUAUAUAAUCAAAUGUCACCAACUCAUAAACAGUACAGUGGCCAAACAAAACAAACUUCGAAUAAGUGGUAUUACUCUUGGUACUCUACCCUUUCACAAGCUACGAAUGUGCUUAAACAAACAAGCGCAUACAAAAGUAGAACAUUUAAAUUUAAAAAUGUGCAGUAACCAACUAAUUAAUAUACUUUAUUAAUCUGUAGGUUUUAUAUUUACUUUUAUCUGUUCAUGCACUUGUGCCUUGAAUGUAUUGAAUCAUAAUGUGUUUGUAAGUGUCCCCAGUUUUCUGAAUGAUGUGCGGAGUUAGCUUUUUUUUGAGGGGGGUAGGGGGAGUCGGACAGAAGUUUCGGGUUUUAAAUGGCUAAAUACAAUGGCAUAUGUAAUGUUAGUUAUUCCGUGUUUAAAGUGACAAUCUCAUCUAGAGCUGACGUCCCCCUUUUUUUUAUAUACAUUACGGAGGAACAAAGUGUCCAAAAUACAUUGAACAUAAAAACAUUCUCACCCCGGACUGAUUAUAAUUUGGAACAUAUGGAAGAAGGAGACUGCUAUGGAACAAAAUAGUGCUUAUAGUGUCCCUUUAGAUAAGGUAGUACAUAUUUGUUAUAUGCCGUGUACGUCGGGACCUGCUUUUCACAAGAAGUAGUUGCAAAUAGGGUAGUACUUAUCUAUCUACUAUCAUAGUUCUAAGAAAUAAACCAGUUUGUUACGCAAUAAUGAAUAGACGGUAACCAUUGUUCUCCUUUUCACAUACCACAUUAAGUGGUUCGACACAAGAUGUUUAUAAUACAUGUGAUCUUCCUUUUCUUGUAGAAUCAGGUGCAUUUAUAUCAGCUGCAGAAUGUGGGAACGGGGCUGGAGCAGCUAAAGCUGUUUAUACAAUUCAAUUUGUAUAAAUAUCAUUUACACUUAUUGAUGCAGUUUGUCUUCUUGACAAAUUGUGUGGCGCUACCAUGUUGGUUCUUUAUUACUAAUAAUAAUCAAUAAUGCAAGACAGUUUAAAUCUCUGCUCAGUGACCCAGUAGGCUGAUACUAAUGGAUAUCUCAAGUAACCAUUUACAUAUAUCAUCAUUUAUUUAUAUAUUUACUAAAAGGUUUCAUUGUUUUGGGAUUGUUUUCCAUAGUUUUUCAUGUUAAUUGAUUCCCUUAUCAUUAUUGGGGAUAGUGCAAUUAUCGGUUCUGCCGAGUAUUAGAGCCGAUAUUCUUAACAAUUCUGCUUAUCGAUAUUCGUCUUUACAGAUCUUAUCGAUAACUUACUCGCCUCUCCCAGUAACUGUAUGCUGCCAGCCAAUAAGGCGUCAUGUUACGAGCUCACAUCACCCUCCCUGUGGGACAGUAAAUAAUCUGCUGUAAUGCACUAGGCUGGCUUACUGAGAGUCAUAGGAGUGUGAUUGCUGUCAGCAUGUUCCGCGCCAGAUUUGUUCUGUAUUUUAUUUUUUAUGUGAAAUAAUAUCAAGACCCACAACAUAUUGGAUAAGGGGUAAGAUAAACAUUGCAUGUAUGCACUUUUUCAUUUCUAAGUUAAGCACCUGUGUUUUAGAGCUGCUGGGUUUUUUUCCACUUUUUUUCAUUUUUUAUAUUAUUGUGCGUUAUUUUUGAACUCUACUUUUUAUUUAAUUUAGGAUAGAAGCUUGAGCGCCAUCAUGUGGCAGUUUGCUUCUUCCAUUUGUUUGUACCACUACCCAGUGACCUGUUUCUUUAAAGGGAAACAGACAGUCGUAAGGUUUUAAAUCGAACUUCCAGCUGUAAUUGUACCUUCACUGCUGGCAAGUAUGGGACCUGACCUGCUUCCUUGCUUAGGUUAAUCCUUGUGUGAUACAGUGCUGCAUCACAACAUGUGUGGAUGGUUAAUUGUCGUUUUGUUUUGUCUUUGAUUUUUUGAUGUCUUUCUGUCUUGGGCCUUUAGCUCAGGCCUUAGUCAUUGUUUAUGUUUGGCUCUCGUGUGGUGGUCCAGGUCCACGUGUGCCCACCUUUAGCCUAUUUCUGUCUUUGGCAUUGCCAGCCCUUUAUGUUCUCCGUGGCUUGUUCCAGUGUUGAAUCGUUAUUUCUGGACUAUCUGUUCCGUUUGCUCUGUAAAAGUUAAGUUAGAAAGACACUAUAAAUGUACAUUUCAGUAUUUACUGAAAUGUAAACAGAGGGGUACACCGUAGCGCAGGUUAAACCUUAUAUCAUAUAUAAUAUCAAAUUUUGUAUAAAAGCACAUUCACAAAGAUAGAGCCAUACAAUAACCUGGCUCUAGUGUGUAUCUCCUUAGGAUCCUUUUGGAAGACCCCAAUUCAGGUUGGUAAAUGAUUCAGCUGGUUUCCUCUCAAAUGAUGUAGUAGCAAGUCCAGGUAAAGAAUAACAAAUUUAUUGAUAUGUAACAAAAUAAAAUAAAGGAUAUAAAAUAAGUAAAUAUUAGUCCAAGAAUCACCAAAACGCGUUUCGCCGGAUGUGGCUUCUUCAGUUGGUGUGUCCAACCUGGCGAAACGCAUUUUGGUGAUUCUUAGACUACUAUUUGCGCUUUUAUAUCCUUUAUUUUAUUUUAUUUUGUUGCAUAUCAAUACAUUUGUUAUUCUUUACCUGGACUUGCUACUACAUCAUUUGGGAGGGCACCAGCUGGAGCAUCUUCCUACCUGAAGUGGGGUUUGGAUCUCCCAAAAGGUUCCUAAGGAGAUACACACUGGAGCCAGGUUAUUAUAUGGCUCAAUCUUUGUGAGUGUGCUUUUAGUCCCUGUAAUGUAAGCAUUGUCAAAUUUACAAAACAGCUCAUUUUUACACUACAGGGUUUUACUACAGGACCAAUGCACCCAGACCACUUCAUUGAGAUGAAGCGCUCUGGGUGUCUUAAGUGGUCAAAUGAAUGUAGAAUGUGCGUUCCAAAGGGUACGGCUUAUGGCGCUUUCCAGACUUCCUUUUGUACUUGUACCAACGUUUUGUGUUCUCACAUUUUAAUCUUGAUUAGAUUGUGGGAUCAGCUGUGCCCAGCCUGAUAAAAGAAAGAACACGUCUCGUUGCAGAGGAAGUAUUUGAAAGUUGUGUCGAAAAUUCGACUACAACUGAUGUGCAGAUAUGUUGCUCAAAUUUUGAGAAAUUAUUAAAUAAAUAGUUCAUAAUAAAAUGGAACAUUAAUAUAAACACGUUAUAGUGCAUUAUUUACUUGUUCCUAAUCUUCCCUGGUCUUAUUGUGCCCUGCUCCAGGUUUGACUUGUAUAGCGGUAACAACCUGCCAUUACUAUAAAGCACAGUAGCUAUAUUCCUAGUUGGAGCAGAACCCUCUUCACCUCUUGUGUCUAUAGCAACAUUUAUUUUGUCUGUCAGAGUUAACUAUCUCUACUGUUUAACUAUAAAACGCUUUGUAUUUGUUCAAAGUUGUUGUUUUUUUGGAGUUAGAGGGUUUUAUUUAUUUUUAGUUAUUUACAACUGACUUACAUUAAUUACACAAACUAUUCAAUUACGUGAUUUAUUAUUUAUAGAGCACAAAAAGGGUAUUUUAGCAUCACCAGCAGUCGUGUGUCACCCUCGCUGUAGAUUUUCAUGUCAUGUUUUACGUAAUUUACAGAUGCCUUCCAAAUGGGUGGUAUAACAUAGAAUAUUGUCCAAAUCCCCCCACAUCCCAAACCCAGUUUGCCAAUUUUCCAGUGAAACUCUCUGCUGGCCACCAGGGAUUUUGCAGAGUCUGGGUACCUACUGUACUGAUGCGUACAAGUGGAUGACUGACUCUGGGAUCAAUCAAUCACACAGUGAGGUAGAUGUGCGUGAUAGGAUUUUGCUGAAACAUAUGAUGGCUACAUACAUACAGAUUCUGUAGUCUAUGUCAAAAAUUACAAAAUCAUUUUUAUUUAAUUUUUUUUACAAGUUAGAACUGUUUACCAAAAAGAAAUACAUUUAACAUUUUGUUGUUGGUGAUCCUACUGUUUUCGUCUCUACAACAUUCUAAUUAAAACCCAUUUCUAGAGAAGGGGCGCCACAUGGAAAAAAAAAAUGUUAUAACUUUUUUUUAAAGAAGGCAUAUUAAAAUUGAAUGUAUUUUGUUUAGGAAACUUACAUAUAUUUGUAAUAUACAUUUUAUUGUAUACAUGCGCAGUGUCUACAUUCUUUGGCUACUCUGGACCCUGUCAAUCUCUCAGCAUUUCCCAGAGUGAGAGACUCGACUGUUUAGAUAGACAGACACUAACUCGGUUCCAAGAAAACUGUGUAUCAGCAGACACCGUUUUGCUUCUUUUUAAUUGAAGCGAAAUUGGAAAGAUAUGUUAUAAAAAUGAACACAAAAUGACUUAGAAUCGGGAAAGUUGUAGUCCACCGCCGUUGGAGAGGUUUAACCCCUUAAGGACACCUGACGUCUGACAUGUCAUGAUUCCCUUUUAUUCCAGAAGUUUGGUCCUUAAGGAGUUAAAUAGUUGUCUCUAGUUAACUAUUGCUUGCGUUUGUUAUUGUAUAAAUUCCCGUUCACCGGAUUCUUCACUGAUAAAAUAGACGAGUAUAUAAAUGGCAGCGUAUUGCUUGUUGACAUUUUUUUUUGGGGGGGGGGAGGGGGGAAUUAUGUUUGUAUGUUUUUACCAAGAAUCUGACUGACACGUAUCAUGAUAAAUGCAUGCAGAGCUCUGAUAAGGAUAUACACUAUCACAAAUCAAUAUCACGUUAUCAGCUGAAAUUUUGCAGUGGACAUAACAAACUUGUAUGCCUUCAGUCUCUCCAAAUAUACUUUUAUUGAAAUGUGCAGGGAUAUUUUUGCAUUUCUGGUGUAUAUCUUUAGACAUACAAAGAAUACCCCUGACAACGGCCAAGCUCGUUCGUACGUUGUGCCAUUUGAGGUAACUUGUGGCCCAGCUGGAAAAUGACUAAUUGAACCAGAACCUUAAGAUGGUCUUAUCAGGAAUUGGAAACAAAACCAGACUGGAUAAGGAAUGCACCGAGGAUCUGAAAAUACCCCUUAAUUAAAAUGUGAUUAGAAGAGUUUUAAUGAUGUUUCCCGUUUUUUCUUUGAAUUAUUAUUUUUUAAUUUUUUUUGCAAAAUGAUGGCGUUGGCAAUUUACCUCCUGGAACAUGGCAGGCACUUUGCAGUAAACUUCCAGUCAACAUCAUCGCAUCAUUGUGUAAAUUAAUUACAAGUCUAUUCUUGGACAAACAGCCUACUGAUUACAGCAGUAAUUAUUUUAGAAGAGGAAAGUGUAUAUUUCAUCUUACCCACAAAAUACAAGGAUACAUUGCAUUCCGUACAAUUUAUAAAGAUACAUUGCAUUCUGUAUCAGUGCAAUUUAAAUCAACAUAAAGAUGUUGAGUGUUAUUAUUUAGCAUUUUGCAAUACCUUGCUGGGUCUCAAGGACAUACCCUACGCUCGUUUGUUGACAGUAUUAGAGAUUGUUCAAAGCAAAGGCAGGCAGACUGCCAUACAUAAACCUAGUUUGAGCCUCGCAAGUCUGAGAAUUUCUAGCUUAACGCAGCUGCCACAUCCUACCGUGUGUUUUGUAAAUAUAGAAUAUUUAUGAAAUACUCAUACUAACUGACACAAGUAAUGAGAGGAACUAUAGCCUAAGCAUACACAGGAUUAUUUUCACAAGGUGACCGUAAGCAAACCUCUUGCUACAAACACAGCCUUUAAUGUUCCACCAAUGUGAAGCUCAUUGAUACAAGGCUUUAAUGUCCCUUUAAAGCCUGCGGUCGACACAGCACCUCUGUUGUCACUCUGCACUACGUUGGUGUUUACUAACUAGAAUCUGUUGGAGGAAUCCGAUCUAUUGAUUGAUGAAUGAUCUGAGCAUAGGAGAGCCAAUCCAAAGGAAGUCACUCCCUGUUUUUUUGUUUAUCGAAUCGGUCGCUGGAGGAUGGCUAUAUAUUUAUGGAAAGUCACAACUCAUUCUUAUAUUGUGUAUUUUGAUGCAAUUGAGUGCAUAUACAAAUUGCUGAACAAUACACAACAAACACACCACGAGCAAUCUGCAUAUACAGGGAGUGCAGAAUUAUUAGGCAAAUUAGUAUUUUGACCACAUCAUCCUCUUUAUGCAUGUUGUCUUACUCCAAGCUGUAUAGGCUCGAAAGCCUACUACCAAUUAAGCAUAUUAGGUGAUGUGCAUCUCUGUAAUGAGAAGGGGUGUGGUCUAAUGACAUCAACACCCUAUAUCAGGUGUGCAUAAUUAUUAGGCAACUUCCUUUCCUUUGGCAAAAUGGGUCAAAAGAAGGACUUGACAGGCUCAGAAAAGUAAAAAAUAGUGAGAUAUCUUGCAGAGGGAUGCAGCACUCUUAAAAUUGCAAAGCUUCUGAAGCGUGAUCAUCGAACAAUCAAGCGUUUCAUUCAAAAUAGUCAACAGGGUCGCAAGAAGCGUGUGGAAAAACCAAGGCGCAAAAUAACUGCCCAUGAACUGAGAAAAGUCAAGCGUGCAGCUGCCACGAUGCCACUUGCCACCAGUUUGGCCAUAUUUCAGAGCUGCAACAUCACUGGAGUGCCCAAAAGCACAAGGUGUGCAAUACUCAGAGACAUGGCCAAGGUAAGAAAGGCUGAAAGACGACCACCACUGAACAAGACACACAAGCUGAAACGUCAAGACUGGGCCAAGAAAUAUCUCAAGACUGAUUUUUCUAAGGUUUUAUGGACUGAUGAAAUGAGAGUGAGUCUUGAUGGGCCAGAUGGAUGGGCCCGUGGCUGGAUUGGUAAAGGGCAGAGAGCUCCAGUCCGACUCAGACGCCAGCAAGGUGGAGGUGGAGUACUGGUUUGGGCUGGUAUCAUCAAAGAUGAGCUUGUGGGGCCUUUUCGGGUUGAGGAUGGAGUCAAGCUCAACUCCCAGUCCUACUGCCAGUUCCUGGAAGACACCUUCUUCAAGCAGUGGUACAGGAAGAAGUCUGCAUCCUUCAAGAAACAUGAUUUUCAUGCAGGACAAUGCUCCAUCACACGCGUCCAAGUACUCCACAGCGUGGCUGGCAAGAAAGGGUAUAAAAGAAGAAAAUCUAAUGACAUGGCCUCCUUGUUCACCUGAUCUGAACCCCAUUGAGAACCUGUGGUCCAUCAUCAAAUGUGAGAUUUACAAGGAGGGAAAACAGUACACCUCUCUGAACAGUGUCUGGGAGGCUGUGGUUGCUGCUGCACGCAAUGUUGAUGGUGAACAGAUCAAAACACUGACAGAAUCCAUGGAUGGCAGGCUUUUGAGUGUCCUUGAAAAGAAAGGUGGCUAUAUUGGUCACUGAUUUGUUUUUGUUUUGUUUUUGAAUGUCAGAAAUGUAUAUUUGUGAAUGUUGAGAUGUUAUAUUGGUUUCACUGGUAAUAAUAAAUAAUUGAAAUGGGUAUAUAUUUGUUUUUUGUUAAGUUGCCUAAUAAUUAUGCACAGUAAUAGUCACCUGCACACACAGAUAUCCCCCUAACAUAGCUAAAACUAAAAACAAACUAAAAACUACUUCCAAAAAUAUUCAGCUUUGAUAUUAAUGAGUUUUUUGGGUUCAUUGAGAACAUGGUUGUUGUUCAAUAAUAAAAUUAAUCCUCAAAAAUACAACUUGCCUAAUAAUUCUGCACUCCCUGUAAUAUAUCAGGGCUGUCAAUCAGCCAGCCAGGACAUAUUGUUCCAGUUGCCUUAUGUCAAAUUCAGUGUAAAUUUUAAACAUGUUGCGAGUGUUGCAUGAGCACGCCACACGCACAAUAGGGAAGGCUCUCUCUCUUAUCCCACUUGCAGGAACUGUGCUAUGAGCAGGCGCAUGCUGUGUUCCCAGCCCAGUGUGUGUGUGCAUUCCCAGAGCAGAUCGCAAAAAGAUAGCAACAAUCUGCGACAUAAUUAUCCUCCGAAAUGGCAACAAACCGCUGUAAUAAAGAGACUAUGGCGGACUAACUAAUGGCUGUCGUUGGUCCUAAUUUUUAAAACGAAAAAAAAACUCAUUACGAUGGAAAAAGAGCAGAAGCAAUUGUGUUUAAAAGAAAUAAAAAAUAAAAAAAAAACUAUAGAGUAUAGAAGCUGGGAAUAUUAAAAAAAAAAGAAAUUAUAAUUUCUAGUAAUGAUUGAAAAUGUCAUUUGAAUAGUCCAGACAUUCCGUGCCUUCCAAAUUUAGACCAAACUAAGCUUACUAAUGUGGAAUUCUAAUGUCCGCAGUAACAAUAUGGAGAAGAGCGGCCUAGGCAUAGACGGCUGUGGGACUCUCGUGUUAAACCAAUCAGAUUGUUGGAUAGAGAACAAAAGGAUGACCCCAGUAGCCUGCUAGCUCCAUAGCUUCUACAACGGGCUGUGGAGGUUAUGGUACUUGGUGUAUCCCUUCAAACUGUUUGUUUCCUCUUCGGACUAAAUUGGCCAAAUAAAUUAUACAUACUAAAAGGACACAAUAAUGGGAUAUGAUAAGUCUAUGCAGAUAGUAAUGCUGGGAAGGAAUUUCAAAUGAAUUGAAAUACAGAUAUUUUACUAGAUUCCCCAAACCUAUUAAGAGGGACUUGUCUAAAAUUGGUCCAAUAUCUUUUUUUUAAUUUUUUAUGCAUUGUAUAAAUAAUGAAAAAGUUACCUGCGCUCUCUCCUUAAUCCCUAUGUAUAUUUAAACAAAUGGGCGUUAUUAAGUUACUCCAAUGGCCACUGGAGGGAAUGCCCACCUGCCAACGUCAAGGCAGACCCCCUCAGGUGGGUCCUACACUGCUUCCUUGAGCCUCUGGCAAAGAUAUCUCUAAUGAGACAGAAAUGGGUGUUUUUUUAUAUACAUCCCAAACACUUAUUAACCCUUAAUAGGGAACACAUGAGAUGGGUGGCAGCAUUGUAACAAAGCUAUGUGAUACAAAAAGUAAAUACAAAUACAAAAAGAUAAGUCCUGCGCUCACUCCCAUUACUCCUGGGCGGCAGCAACGACCAUAGUACAUGUGUUCCCUAUUAAGGAUUAAUAAGUAUAUAGGGGUGUAUUUAAAAACUACCCCUCGGGGGCGUGGCCAGGUACCGGAGCUGAAUGGACGCACACUUCUGAAGCUCCCGCGGGUUUCGGCACUUUGGAGCAAAAUAAACGAACUAACGAGCACUAAACCUCACUCCUCGCUCCACCAUGUCACAGAGGCAGAAGGGCAAGGCCGCCAAAUCGGACCGGGAGUCCUUCUUUCUGGCGAGAACCGCCGAAACAAAAGCGCGGGACGGACGCGGCCUGAUCAAAGAUGGCGCCGCGCGAGACUCACGAGAUGGCUCAGUGUCACCGCCAGCCUCACCAUCCUCAGCGGCUGACGACGGACCCCUCACGGUCGGCACCAUGCGGCUUAUGUUUGCAGAGCUCUCAGACAAGCUGCAGAAUAGCAUGAAAACCCAAUUGCAAACCUUGGCAGCAGACCUCCACAAGGAUAUCACUGAGGUAGGCCAAUGCACCUCCCACUUAGAACAUAAGAUGGAUGAAUUUGCAGAGGCCCAUAAUAGCCUAGCUGACAGGGUGCAGGGCUUUGAGAACUCCCUCACUAGCUACCAACUUAAACUAGCAGACCUAGAAGACAGAUCCAGGAGAAACAAUAUACGUAUAAGGGGUAUUCCAGAGACAGUUGCCCCAAAAGAAUUAGAAAACUACCUGACGAAUCUGUUCCAAGCCCUCACUCCCACAAUACACCCGGAUCAGCUUAUAGUGGAUCGGGCACACAGGCUAAGACGCCCAAAGCACCUCCCUCCAACCACAGAGAGAGAUGUCAUUGCCAGAGUGCACUUCUACCAUACCAAAGAGCAGCUGAUGAAAGCCAGCAGGGCCUCAGGCUUGCCAGACCCCUACAGCCGAAUCAAACUCUUUGCAGACUUAUCUGCAGCGACGCUACAAUUCAGGAAGAACCUAACCCCAGUGACAACCACACUGAGAGACCACAACAUCGCUUACCGAUGGGGUUACCCCGCCAAGCUCCUGAUUCACUACAGAGAUGCCCUACACGCCAUUCCGACACUGGAACUAGGAAUCGCCAAGCUACAAUCCUGGGGCCUCCAAAUGCCUGAGGUACACCGACAUCUCCCUUCCAAGGUCCCAAGACUUUCCCCGGAGUGGACUGUGAACUGAUACACGAGGGGAAUGCCAUCUCCAAGGACUGCGGUAAAAUCUUUGACCUCUUAAGUGGUCACCCGCCUCCCCUCAGUGUAUUAUAAUGCAUAUUUUGGUUUGAAUGUUGUUCAGAUGUUUGGUUAUGAUUUCAUGGGGGUGCUGACGCUCACUCCCCCCCCCACAGUUCAUGGGUAGCACCCUUUCAUGUGUUCCAUGUAUUGAACCUCCUGCCGGUGCAGAUGAGACUCGGGGAGUACUGUGAGCUCACCCUCCUCCCCCACAUUGCCCGAAGCUUUAAAGGAGGCACAACCCCUCAGGCCUACUACUCACCCUUCAUCUUUAGCAUGGCAACGCUCCUUGCCGCCACCACAGUGAGCCACCACCUCAAAGAGGACGCUCACCCCCACGACCCCAACCACAUGCGCCCGAGCUCUCCUCGGGGCAUUUUGGCUUCCUAGCUGGAAGCAAGAUAGGGCUGGUUGCCCACGUGUUUGUCUCCCCCCCUAGUUACCCCCCUGUUUAUCCCCUCCCACCCAGACAUACUCGGGGCCACCAACAGGUCCCCCUCGAAACCCACCCUCCAGGAAAACUAUACAUUGCAGCCUCCACCAAUACGCCUAUUCGACCGUACUGUGCCCAGCACUGCUUCAGUAGCAAGCAUAGGAAUUACUACCACUAGUGUACCUGCCCACAAAAUAAUUAAGUAUGAAACUAGUCUCAUAUAAUGUGAAUGGCUUGAACUCCCCAGGCAAGCGCAGACUCCUUCUUAAAGACCUUACAACCAAUGGUAUAGACGUAGCUUGCAUACAAGAGACCCAUUUCAAACGUACCCACCCCCCAGCUAUCUUUACUAGACAAUUCCCCAUGCAAGUGCACUCUCUCUCUGCCACAAAAUCCAAGGGAGUAUCGAUCUUUAUCCACAAAGAUGUAGCCUACACUCCACAGCGACAGUACAUAGACCCAGAGGGGAGAUAUGUUAUACUGGUGGGUCGUUUCAACGAUACACAACUGACGCUGGUGGCAGCGUACCUGCCCAACGACCGACCACGCCACUUUCUGUCUUCCCUCCUGCGCAAAAUCGAAGAUUAUAGGUUAGGGGACCUGAUACUCUGCGGAGACUUUAACUGCAUACAAUCGCUAGGGCUAGACACUACUGCAACCCCCACGGGCGCAAACAAACGGAGACUGGACACAUCAUGUAAAGCACUCUCCAAACUCCUUGACCAAUACGACUUAUACGACGCCUGGAGGACCAUGCACCCGACAGACAGGGAUUACACUUUUCACUCCAGAGUCCACAAUACAUACACGCGCAUAGACACCUUUCUCCUACACAGGACACUACUGCCGCAACUCACGCAGUGCACCAUAGGGGAAAUAUCCUGGUCAGACCACGGUCCCGUCUAUCUAAACUUACUAGACACUUUCCAAUUUCGGGGCCGGGGGUCCUGGCGUCUAAAUGAUUCGCUGUUGUCCAAUGCACCCUUUGCGGAACACAUAAGAGAAGAACUCCAAGCAUACUUUGCGCUGAACGCGACAGGAGAGGUCUCAGACUACACGGUUUGGUCGGCGCAUAAAGCAGUAGUACGGGGGCUUUUCUUGAGACGAGCCGCCUUCCUAAAGAAGCAGAAUACGUCCGGCCUCCUUGAUUGCCUUAGGCAAAUAGCUAUAAUCUCUAGGCAGAAUAAAUCUAAGCCCACCCCUGACCUAGCGAAACAGCUCAGAGUGCUUUACGCACGAAUGCAAGAGCUGAAUACAGAAAAAACCAAGCGCAUGCUCCACAAACUGAGAGCCAAUGUAUACCACAAUAGUGGGAAAGCCACUAAAUACUUAGCCGCCAGGCUACGAAAUCAAUGCUCUAGCUCCAAGAUAGCCCACGUGGUGGGAGGCGACGGACUAAAGAAGGUUACCCCCAUGGAUAUUAGCCAGGAAUUCGCUCAUUUCUACUCUAAACUUUACAACCUAAAGGAGGAGGGCAGCACUCACAAUGCUAGCUUAGACGACAUAACCCAAUUUUUAUCCCAAGCCAAACUCCCCCAACUAACGAGCGUACAGGCAGAAGCACUAAUCAGGCCCAUUGAGCUCACAGAGGUGCUUGAAACGAUCGCCAAAUUGCCACAAGGGAAGUCACCAGGAGCAGAUGGGCUCCCAAACGCCUACUACAAAAAAUUUGCGCACGUCCUGGGCCCCCACCUGCUAAAAGUGUACCGUAGGGCGACUGCCACGGGCGCGCUCCCACCAGAGAUGCUCCGGGCUACCAUAGUAACCAUCCCGAAACCCGACAAACCCCCGGACACCUGUAAAAAUUACCGCCCUAUAUCGCUUCUAAACUCAGAUGCAAAGAUCUAUGCGAAGAUCCUAACGAAUAGACUAAAUAGGGUCCUGCCAUCCCUUAUUGGGGAUGACCAGACAGGGUUCAUACAAGGAAGACAGGGAACAGAUAAUACCAGGAAACUGUCGCUGAUCCUGGAUUACCUCAGGGGGACCAGAGGAGGCGGUCUAUUACUAGCACUUGACGCCGAAAAAGCUUUUGACCGCCUAAGCUGGCCCUUCCUGCAACAAGCCUUGAGAGCCUAUGGGUUCCCCCCCCAGUUUGAGUCACAAAUUUUUGCUCUGUAUGCGGGUCCGACAGCCCAGGUACUACAGGCAGGCUUUAUGUCUGACCCGUUUCAGUUGUCCAAUGGAACGAGGCAGGGGUGCCCCCUAUCCCCCCUGCUGUACGUGUUGGCGUUAGAACCCCUCCUGCAAACGAUUCGAAACCAUCCUGACGUCAAAGGGAUCCAAAUUAAGGGAACAGAUUACAAAGUUAGCGCCUUCGCGGAUGAUAUCCUCCUUUAUGUCACCGAUCCCAUGACCACGAUCCCUGUAAUUAUGCACAUCAUCAAGGAAUAUGGCCUAUGCUCCUACUACGCACUGAACACCACAAAAACCCAAGCCCUGGGAAUUGGCCUACCCCCCCAAAUGACGGAAACACUACGCAUGACAUACCCUUUCGAAUGGAGGCGGGAUAACAUCAAAUACCUAGGUGUUAUGUUCUCCAGACGCCGCGCUGACCUAAGCGCAACCAACUAUAUCAGGGUCUGGACAGAGUGUAAACAAUCCCUGACAAAAUGGGGAUCCCUCUUCCUGACUUGGACUGAGAGAAUAGUGGCGAUUAAGAUGUCCAUACUGCCCAGGUUACAAUACAUUUUUAGGAACCUCCCAUUACCAAUGCCACAAUCCUAUUUUAAAGCGAUACAGAGCGAUAUCACCAACUUCAUCUGGAACAAGGGUAAACCCCGCAUCUCAAUGAAGCUCCUACGAGCUCCAGCUAGAGCAGGAGGCUUAGCAGUCCCUGACGUGCGUACCUAUUACCACGCAUCCAUAUUAGCAGCAGCCAUCCCCCAUUUUGUUGACCAAAGCCCCCCGCAAUGGGUCAGGCUUGAGAAGCUCAUGAUGACUCCGUAUGACAUCACCCACAUACUAUGGCUCCCGCAACAGCUUCGCCCCCCCCUAAAAGAUAUCCCUUCCCAACUCGCCCUACUCAUACGAGUUUGGGACGCACACAGACAUAAACUGACCUCCAGCGGCCCUCUGUCCCCAGCCACACCGACACCGGCUCUCACAUACUGCAUUCCCACCUUCUACGCUAAACCGUGGCAGGAGAAGGGGCUCCAACACUUAGGCCAAUUCCACGCUAACUCAAAGCUCCUAGACUUUCACACCCUACACUCACUCCACGGUGUCCCCCUGACAUCUCAUUUUUCCUACAGACAACUUCAUUCUUUCCUGCACAAACAAGCUACACAAGUACCGCCCAGCCAAACCGCCACCGACCAACUUACAACAUGGGAAAAAAUGUGUAUAAAUAAAAAACUACCCCCACUAUGUAAGCCAAUCUCCACGUGUUACCAAUUGCUAUUAGACUUCACACCUCUCUCAGAGGCCACGCCAGCUAGACAAUGGGCAGAAGAUCUGACCAUUGAGCUCACUCACAAAGAGUGGAACACUUUAUCUACCGCACCCAAAACCCUCCUUAAAUCAGCACCGUUACUGGAGCAGAACAAAAAAAUGAUUUACAGAUGGUACAUGGUCCCGGAGCGGCUAUCUAAAAUGUACCCCGCCGCUUCAUCCACCUGCUGGAGAUGUCGGGAACACACCGGAUCAGUUUUACACAUCUGGUGGACGUGCUCACUGAUAAAACCCUUUUGGGAAGCAGUGCACUCCUUCCUACAAGACCUCACGAAACUUACACUGCCCCUAGACCCGCUCACGUACCUGCUACUGCACACUCCCCCCCACACUCCUAAGUACCUCCAAAAACUAAUUUUCCACACAACACUAACGGCUCAACGCCUUAUAGCGCGGGCCUGGAAAUCUCCAACCACUCCUAAGAUACAAAACGUACUCUCAGAAAUAGCUGAGCAGAGGCUCUAUGAGCGUUGCUUCACGAAUAUAUGCCCACCCACCCGUACAGGGACGACAGCAUGGGAUGUGUGGGACGCGUGGAGAUUGGCAAACCCUGAGUAAGGCGACUCAUUCCUGUACCAUAGCAACAUGUAUGCAUUGUAUUGACCCACUGUGUUCGCAAAGCGAAAGAGCAUCGGAUUAGGCUACGCAUGGGGAAGUAUACUCCAAAUUACACAGAUCUCCCCAGCCCAUGUGUGGGCGCAUUGACUAGAAUUACACUAAGCAAUUUUGUGCGGCUUAUUUUUCUUAACAACAAUAUUAUUAAUACCACUGUCCAAACCAUUACUGUUUUACCAAGCUACUAUGCUACUACGCUAUGUCGCCUUGUACCGAGUGACAUAUACUGUAACACGGAAACCCCCCCGCCCUCCUUCUUCUCUUCUGUACCCCCCCCCCCUGUUCUUAUCAACAAUAAAAAUUGUCAAAUUGAAAAAAAAAAAAAACUACCCCUCUCUGUCUCAUUAGAGAUAUUUUUGCCAGAAGCUCAAGGAAGCAAGGUGAAAUGUCGGUGUAGGACCCACCUGAGGGUGUCUGCCUUGACGUUGGCAGGCGGGCAUUCCCUCCAGUGGCCAUUGGAGUAACUAAAUAACGCCAAUUUGUUUAAAUAUACAUAGGGAUUUAGGAGAGAGCGCAGGUAACCUUUUGGUUUUUACUGUAUGUAUUGGGGCUGAUGUGUACUGUGGUCGUUUCUGCCGCCCAGCAGUGAUGGGCGCAGGACUUGUCUUUUUGUAAUUGUAUAAAUAAUGCAUUCAAUUAAAAUAGGCAGAGCAAAACAGGCAAUCAAAAUAAUAAAGGAUAAAAUUUAAGUGUGAAGUUGCUGCAUCUACAGGCUUUAUAUAAACUGCAAGUUUUCACUGUCCAACCAAAGACAUAAUCAGCAAGUUAAAACACUCUAAUGCUUUUAUCUGGGACUUUUUCUUGAAGAUGUAGUAGUUCACAUAGCAGCUUUAGGAAGUAUUUUGGUGUGGAGGAGCUCUGACGGAGCAGGCGGGGUUACAAUACAGAAUACUGUGGGAGGAUCCCACAGACAUAAAAUCAAUAUAAGUUGUAUUCAUGCCUGUAGUGCAGGGGUAGGCAACCUUCGGCACUCCAGAUGUUGUGGACUACAUCCCCCAUAAUGCUCUUACACCCAUAAUGCUGAAAAAGCUUCAUGGGAGGUGUAGUCCAAAACAUCUGGAGUGCCAAAGGUUGCCUAUGCCUGCUGUAGUGUCUCUGUAAGACUUGUGUUGUAAGAUACCUGCCUGCUUCCAAUGCAGGAUCAGCUAAUCCUCCGAAACCCAAAGGAAAAAUUAAAGUGCUUCAUAAUUCAAAAUUAGAGUCUUGUUGUACAAGUGAAUACAAACAGCUGUAGAAUGCAUAUACAAGAUGCUUAUUUUGCAUGAGGUAUAUUUAACUAAGCAAUCUUGCACUUCUAGGCUGGAAAUGGCACAUUCAAUCGAGCCAAACUUUUAAACAUUGGUGUGAGAGAGGCCCUACGACUCGAUAAUUGGGACUGUCUUAUCUUACAUGACGUGGAUCUAGUGCCAGAAAACGAUUACAAUCUCUACGUCUGUGAUGAAUAUUCACCAAAACAUUUGGCUAGUGCAAUGGACAAGUUUCACUACAAGUAAGUAAUGUGUGUGUUUUGUAGGAUUUUCUGCUUCAUAUGAUCAUAAUAUCUAACUUUGUAGUUACUAAUAUUAGUACCACAAACAAAUAUUUUAAAACCCCAGAUCUCACUCGAGCGGCCGGAGGCGUCGCACUUGCAGAUGUUUACUGUUUAUGCUAAUGUUAUUUUCUUGUUGCUUUCAACUACCAAACCUUGCCUCACAUUACUACUGUUGGAUCAAUGCAAGUUAGUGAUUAGGAAGCAGGGAAAGGGGCUACCCAGUCAUCUGUCAUAGGCAUUUCUUUUGGACGAUGAGACACGCAGUCCUGCUCCAGUCUCGCAACUCAUAAGAAUCUAAGCAACAACAUAUACCCCCUCCGAUGCCCCCUUGGUUAGGGGUGUCUACCCUUCUUGAGUGAUCUUUAUUAAUCUUACCUAACUCACACCAUCGGAUAAUGGCACUUAUUUUGUAUGGCCUACUCUUACAUAUACAGGGAGUGCAGAAUUAUUAGGCAAAUGAGUAUUUUGACCUCAUCAUCCUCUUUAUGCAUGUUGUCUUACUCCAAGCUGUAUAGGCUCGAAAGCCUACUACCAAUUAAGCAUAUUAGGUGAUGUGCAUCUCUGUAAUGAGAAGGGGUGUGGUCUAAUGACAUCAACACCCUAUAUCAGGUGUGCAUAAUUAUUAGGCAACUUCCUUUCCUUUGGCAAAAUGGGUCAAAAGAAGGACUUGACAGGCUCAGAAAAGUCAAAAAUAGUGAGAUAUCUUGCAGAGGGAUGCAGCACUCUUAAAAUUGCAAAGCUUCUGAAGCGUGAUCAUCGAACAAUCAAGCGUUUCAUUCAAAAUAGUCAACAGGGUCGCAAGAAGCGUGUGGAAAAACCAAGGCGCAAAAUAACUGCCCAUGAACUGAGAAAAGUCAAGCGUGCAGCUGCCACGAUGCCACUUGCCACCAGUUUGGCCAUAUUUCAGAGCUGCAACAUCACUGGAGUGCCCAAAAGCACAAGGUGUGCAAUACUCAGAGACAUGGCCAAGGUAAGAAAGGCUGAAAGAUGACCACCACUGAACAAGACACACAAGCUGAAACGUCAAGACUGGGCCAAGAAAUAUCUCAAGACUGAUUUUUCUAAGGUUUUAUGGACUGAUGAAAUGAGAGUGAGUCUUGAUGGGCCAGAUGGAUGGGCCCGUGGCUGGAUUGGUAAAGGGCAGAGAGCUCCAGUCCGACUCAGACGCCAGCAAGGUGGAGGUGGAGUACUGGUUUGGGCUGGUAUCAUCAAAGAUGAGCUUGUGGGGCCUUUUCGGGUUGAGGAUGGAGUCAAGCUCAACUCCCAGUCCUACUGCCAGUUCCUGGAAGACACCUUCUUCAAGCAGUGGUACAGGAAGAAGUCUGCAUCCUUCAAGAAAAACAUGAUUUUCAUGCAGGACAAUGCUCCAUCACACGCGUCCAAGUACUCCACAGCGUGGCUGGCAAGAAAGGGUAUAAAAGAAGAAAAUCUAAUGACAUGGCCUCCUUGUUCACCUGAUCUGAACCCCAUUGAGAACCUGUGGUCCAUCAUCAAAUGUGAGAUUUACAAGGAGGGAAAACAGUACACCUCUCUGAACAGUGUCUGGGAGGCUGUGGUUGCUGCUGCACGCAAUGUUGAUGGUGAACAGAUCAAAACACUGACAGAAUCCAUGGAUGGCAGGCUUUUGAGUGUCCUUGCAAAGAAAGGUGGCUAUAUUGGUCACUGAUUUGUUUUUGUUUUGUUUUUGAAUGUCAGAAAUGUAUAUUUGUGAAUGUUGAGAUGUUAUAUUGGUUUCACUGGUAAUAAUAAAUAAUUGAAAUGGGUAUAUAUUUGUUUUUUGUUAAGUUGCCUAAUAAUUAUGCACAGUAAUAGUCACCUGCACACACAGAUAUCCCCCUAACAUAGCUAAAACUAAAAACAAACUAAAAACUACUUCCAAAAAUAUUCAGCUUUGAUAUUAAUGAGUUUUUUGGGUUCAUUGAGAACAUGGUUGUUGUUCAAUAAUAAAAUUAAUCCUCAAAAAUACAACUUGCCUAAUAAUUCUUCACUCCCUGUAUAUCAUGUUGUCAAUCGUACAAUUUUACCACUCUCAAAUAUAUUCCUGUAAUGAGCAUGCUCUUAGAUUGAAUUUUGGCAUGUAUCGCUAUCAAUCUUAAUUUCUGUUUCCGACCCUGCAUAUGCCGCUUAAACUCAGCCUAGGAAGUCAUAGUAGUUUAUUCCUUGUGUUCUUAUCUUAGGUUAGUGCCUGAUUGUUGACUCCUAGCGUGAAACCCUUGUUUUAUAUAUAUAAAAAAUAAAUGUGUGCAGUUUUGUUUUGGCACCUUUAAGGAUUCUACCUGUUGAUACAUGUUUGACUGAUGCUGAAGUGUCUAUUCAUGCCUCUGUUGUACUAUAUGCACUAAAUAAUAAUUUAAUUCAUUCUCAACUGCUCACACUUAAAUGGUCACUCUGAGCACGAAAACAACCUCAGCUUAAUAUUUGUUUUCCUUCUCUUUUGGCAGUAAAUAGCACUGCCAUCAGCCUCCAGUGUGAGAUUAAAGGGAUUCUCCAGUGCCAGGAAAGCAAACCGCUUUCCUGGCACUGCAGGGUGCUGCAGUGCCCCCCAUCCCAUGUUGCUGGGUCAGGCUCUGCCCACGCUCCCCCUCCCCCCGCCGAUGUCAGCUGGCGGAGGAGACCUAAUGCGCAUGUGCGGCAAUGGCUGCGCGCGCAUUAGACCUCCCUAUAGGAAUGCAUUAUUUAAUGCUUUCCUAUGGGGAAAAUCUGACGCUGGAGGUCGGUAUGGAUUCCGGAAGCCCUCUAGUGGCUGUCUGUUAGACACAGAGGACAGACUUAGAGCUGCAAUGUGAACAUUAUGUUUUACAUCGCAGCACUAAGUGCAAUAGGAGUACAGCACCCAGACCACUACAAUUAGCUGCCUGGAGAGUCCCUUUAAAUAAAGAAAUUAUAGCUUCCCUUUAAGAAAAAUAUUUUUGGAGAAGUACAUUUGGAACCUAUUCCAGCAGAAUUGUUUGUAAAAGAUCCAUAUAUUUAGUAAAAUAUUUUUAUAGCUUACAAAAAUACUUAUUGUGUCCUAUUGUGUGCUGUUCUAAGAGUGCUUCUCGGCCGUUUGUUGCUGGGCCGAAUUGUGGUGGAUCUGCUUAGCUUCAGAACUUGCAAAAGAGGGUGGAAAAUUUGCAAAGUUAGAGAAUAAGGAAAAUAUGUUUGAAAAACUAAUACAUGUAAUUUUUUAAUGUAAACUACUGUACACUUCAAGUGCAUUAAAAUGUUCUGUUAUUAUUUUUAUUUUUUAAACUAGUCCUUGCCUUUCAAUAGGCAUUAUCUUUCUUUUAGGGGCAGUUUCUCUUUCCUCUCACCCCAAUGAACAUGAAAGUUUUCUAAAUAUGAAAUACAAUUACCUCUGUUGCAUCUUCUUCUAGAUGCAAAUUAAAUCAAUCCCAUGAUUGCUUUGCAUUAAGGGUGUGUUUUUACUAGUGUCUGCUGCACACGCCACCCUUGUAAAUACUUUAACCAUAAAACUAUAUAACUCUUGUAAUAAGCUAAUGAAGUAGUUUGAAACUAUAACCGACAAAGGAAUUCCAACAAAAUGUUCUAUUCCAUUUUCAACCACUAGAGGUCACCCCGGUGCUAUGUAUUAUCAAAAUAAUUUUUCAACUUUCUACUUCAGUCCUUACUUAAAGAACCAGUUCAAAUCCAUAACGUAUGAUAUUGCAGUAGUUAUGGUGCCAAAAAGAUAUGUUUGCAGUCACUUCGAUUUCUGACCUUUCAAUUGUUGACUGAUGACAGGUCUGUUCCACGUUCUGCUAAAUGUGAAUCAGUCCAAUAGUAGUUUAGUUGGGGCUGCAUGGCUUUGUAUCUAGUGCAGUGCCCAGCAACUGUUUGUGACUUCUUGCAUUCACAAAAUACUUUUUUUUUUUUGUUGCCUUUUUUAUGCUUGCUCGUUUAUUCUUUGCCCAUUUUCUGUAAUACAAUGUAUAUUUUGAAAACUUAAAUAAACCUUGAAAAUAAAAUGUAUCAGCUUGCUGUUAUGAGUGUUACUCAGUGUUGGUUUAGCAGCAAGGCAGGCUUGGUCAAUGUUACAAUGUUAAUUCUCUGCCAUUUAGGAGUUAAAUCACCUUUGUUUCUGUUUUUGAGGCUCUAACCACACCUCCCUACUCUGCGACUCACAUAGUCUGCAUGAGAAAUAAAAUAGUGUCAUUUUCAAUCCUAUCUUAACUUACUUUAAAAGUUUUUAUCUCGUUGAUUACGAGCGGUAUACGUUACCUGAAUAUUCAUUGCCAACUGUAUGAGAGUUGUUAAUAUGCAUUGAUGAAAUCUGUUCACCCUUCCCCCCUGCCCUCCCUCCCUCUUCUUUUCUGUACCCUUACCCGCACAAAACGAUAAAAAUUGUCAAAUUUAAAAAAAAAAAGUUUUUCUCUCUCUCUCUCUCUCUCUCUCUCUCUCUCUCAUUGAGAAUGCAGGAGAUAAGAAGUCCUUAAUUAAACAGACUGUGUAAUAAAGGAAGUAUAAAUAUUAGAUCUCACUUUACAGGAAGUGUUUAGGAAGGCUGUGAAUGUUUCCAAAGAUUAGGUAUCAAGGAUACAGAUUUUCUUUGAGUAUAAUUAUAUUAUUGUUAUAUUAUUAUUGCUGGUAUGAUAAACACCCCCAAAAUUUUUAUUUUUAUUUUUUUUAUUUCUCAGCUUACCGUACUGGACGUACUUUGGUGGUGUUUCUGCAAUAACUCCUGAUCAAUACAUGCGGAUUAAUGGAUUUCCAAAUUCAUACUGGGGGUGGGGUGGAGAGGAUGACGAUAUCGCCAUUAGGUAAAUCACAAUAACAUCAGAUUCUUAAAUUAAGGUAUAAUUGUUAGGCUUUUAGUUUAUUUUAUUUUUUAUUAUUAAUAUAUUAAUGAACUCCUUCAUGACUGAGGCUCUUUCAAUAUUAUAUGCGUUCAUGACCGAGGCCUUUUUGGCUCUAUUGAUAUGUGUACUGUCCACCAUCAGUUUAUGCUGUUUUUUAAUUAAGAAAAGGCAUGUUACUUUUCUAUCAAUGAGGAGCUACUGAUUGGCUUAGAGUGUCAGCUGACCUUUCUUGCCAAUCAGAGGAUGCCCUGCCCAGCUUUGCUACGUGCUUCCUGUAUAUCAGAUUUAGAGGCUGGGUGCUUCCUGGGGGACCUGGAGAUUGGCCCUAGAGGCAACAUUUGGGGUUAAGCCAUUUGAGAACAGUUUAAUCCCUUAAGGCAGGACUGCGCUCGGGGGAUGAAGCUGCUAUAGUGACUGGAGUGUCCCUUUAAGUUUAAAUAAUAAAUAAAUGGGAAAAAAAAACACAAAUGUAUCCCCACAUUUACACACCGACAUGCCAAGCAAAUGUACCCCCACAUUUACACACCGACAUGCUAAGCAAAUGUACCCCCACAUUUACACACCGACAUGCCAAGCAAGUGCACCCCCACAUUUACACACCGACAUGCCAAGCAAAUGUAUCCCCACAUUUACACACCGACAUGCCAAGCAAAUGCACCCCCACAUUUACACACCGACAUGCCACACAAAUGUAUCCCCACAUUUACACACCGACAUGCCAAGCAAAUGCACCCCACAUUUACACACCGACAUGCCACACAAAUGUACCCCCACAUUUACACACCGACAUGCCAAGCAAAUGCACCCCCACAUUUACACACCGACAUGCCACACAAAUGUAUCCCCACAUUUACACACCGACAUGCCAUGCAAAUGUACCCCCACAUUUACACACCGACAUGCCAAGCAAAUGUAACAUUUACACACCGACAUGCCAGCAAAUGCCCCCACAUUUACACACCACAUGCCCAGCAAAUGCACCCCCACAUUUACACACCGACAUAUGCCAAGCAAAUGUACCCCCACAUUUACACACCGACAUGCCAAGCAAAUGUACCCCCACAUUUACACACCGACAUGCCAAGCAAAUGCACCCCCACAUUUACACACCGACAUGCCAAGCAAAUGCACCCCCACAUUUACACACCGACAUGCCAAGCAAAUGCACCCCCACAUUUACACACCGACAUGCCACACAAAUGUAUCCCCACAUUUACACACCGACAUGCCAAGCAAAUGCACCCCACAUUUACACACCGACAUGCCACACAAAUGUACCCCCACAUUUACACACCGACAUGCCAAGCAAAUGCACCCCCACAUUUACACACCGACAUGCCAAGCAAAUGCACCCCCACAUUUACACACCGACAUGCCAAGCAAAUGUACCCCCACAUUUACACACCGACAUGCCAAGCAAAUGUACCCCCACAUUUACACACCGACAUGCCCAGCAAAUGCGACAAGCAAAUGCACCCCCACAUUUACACACCGACAUGCCAAGCAAAUGUACCCCCACAUUUACACACCGACAUGCCAAGCAAAUGUAUCCCCACAUUUACACACCGACAUGCCAAGCAAAUAUACCCCCACAUUUACACACCGACAUGCCAAGCAAAUGCACCCCCACACCAACAUACCUACAUAUUCACACACUGACUUUCCACACAGACACCUCUACACAUUCAAACUCAGUGGCAUUCCUUGCUAGUGCAGGCAUUGACACAUGAGAAGAUGCCAAGUCUGGUUAGAGGUGGAGGGAGGGUCACUUGGUUAACAUUGGGUUCCUUUUUGGAGUAAAUGCCCACACCUGUUUUUUACUCCCUGCCCAGGCUUGGCAUAGACUAAAUGAUUUCUUCUUAUUAGGGUUCGUUUAUCAGGAAUGAGUAUCUCUCGAACGCCACUAAGCGUGGGUCGUUAUAAGAUGGUGAUGCAUAGCCGUGACAUUGGAAAUGAGGAGAAUCUAAAAAGGUAUUUCUUGUGAAGUAAUAUUUUUGUUCUACAUACAUGUAUUGAGCCAUAAGUCAGCAAUGAAUGAAUUGAACAAAUCCAAAGUUAUUGAUUAUGUCUGUUUGUCACUUUUUUGUCACGUUCCAUCUCUUGUUUUAUAUAGCACCUAAAUGGGCUGUGUUAAUAAAGAGUUAAAGAAUUGGAAAUUGCUUCUCACAGUAAUACGGUAUAGAUAGAAUGACAUGGUUAUUAUUAUCAUAUAAUAGAAACAGUAACUAAUUUAAAACAUGUUUUAUCACACUAUGAGGGCAUAGCAUUGAGACAGGAAUUAUUGUAAAUUGAAUGCGUUUCAUUGAUUAGUUUAAUUUGCUACAAGUGGAUCAGAGCUGUUUUAUUUGAUUAAAAUCCACUGAUUUUAGGUUCACACAGGCUGCAGGUCCUAUAUGAAUUUCUCUCAGCAUAAAAUUACUGGAUAUUCUGAUCCUUCCAUAGAAUUUAUACAAUGUAUCUCCAAACACAAGUCCAACUGAAUAAAUUAUGGAAUUAAAGGAACUGUACAGGUAAAAACAGCAUCCCCCCAACAGUAGUGUCUAGUGUCACUAAAUGCAUUUUUCCCUAAAUAAUGUAAAAAAAAGCUUUAAAAUUACCUGUUAUCAUCUUUACCUUGAUCAGAUUAUCUGCCCCUCCUCUGAUUUCAUGUCAUACCUCCCUCCUUCCUGUAUUUCAGCCAUCGUCAAUAGGAGACAAAAACCAAUAUAGUGUAAUACAGUUACAAUUCAAACACAAAGGGAGGGGAGAUAGAGAACUCACGAGGUCAAAGUACACGAUCAGUGUGGAGCCUAUUAUUAGAAUGGGGUAUGAAACUCCUUACCUCAAAUUUUAAUAUGUAUCAAUAUGCAAUUUCUCACCAAAAAAAACCCCAAAACAUGUAUUCAAUAAAGGUGUUUCCACUGAAAUGUUUACAUUCUGAAAUAGAAUUGUUUUAAAAGCUACACUGAGAAUAUAACUAUACUUUUAAAAUAUAUUUUGCUUUUCUCAUUUUUAUAAAACAGUAAAACUAAAAGCUAAACCAUCGUGACUGGAGGGUGAUUUUACCUCCACCAUCCCUACCACGAGAUUAUUUUUUUAGGGGGGCUAGAUUAGUCCAUUUCCCCUGCUUCCUACACUCAUGGAAUAGACUGUAAGCGACUCGCUCAUAUUAUUAUAAUUUUUUUUUUUUACUUUUGGUUUUCCAUUCCUUAUGCCUACUAUAUCUUAAAGGGACACUAUAGUCACCAAAACAUAUUUAGCUUAAUGAAGCAGUUUUUGUGUACAGAUCAUGCCUCUGAAGUUUCACUGUUGAAUUCUCUGCCAUUGAGGAGUUAAAACACUUUUGUUCCUGUUUAUGCAGCCCUAGUUUAAAUUUUAACAGAAUUUGCGAUAAAGGAAGUGUAAUCCUAAACGAGGAAGUGUUUAGGAUUGCUGUCUAUGUCUCAUGGAGGGAGGUGUGCCUACAGAGGCAUAAAAAGAGUGAUUUAACUCCUAAAUGGCAGAGAAUUGAUCAGUGAAACUUCAGAGGCAUGAUCUGUACACCAAAACUGCUUCAUUGAGUUAAAGUUGUUUUGGUGACUAUAGUGUCCCUUUAAUGAUUAAACAACCCUUUUCCAUUUGCCUUUUUUAUAUUUAUUAUCCUUUCCUCCUUGUGCCAGACCAUUAAAAUGAAUGCAUGCAUUUUGUUCUGCUCGGCCCUUCAUGUCUCGUGUUAGCUCUUCUGUUGGCUUAAAUUUACUAAUGGAUUUUAGGUAAUUUUGAUUGGCAGCAGAGCGGGAACCUAACUUAAGCCCCACCCAUUGUCAAGUUUUGUUAACUUCGCAGCGAUUAUUAUUAUUAUUUAUAAAGCGCCAACAAAUUCAUCAGCGCUGUACAACAGGUGGAGCAACAGACAGGUAUUUGUAACCAGACGAUUUGGACGCACAGGAACAGAGGGUGUUGAGGGCCCUGCUCAAUGAGCUUACAUUCUAGAGGGAGUGGGGGAUAGUGACACAGAAGGUAAGAAUAAGCUAUGCCUAAUGAAAGAUAGUCCCGAUAAGAUAGUCACAACUACAGCACACAAACAUAAAAAGUGACCCAGACAAACGGUUGAUGGUUGCCGGAUAGAAGCAGAUUAGAUCAUUUCUGUUGACAGAGCUACUUUCAGAGUUUUGCCCUCCGUCAGCUGACACGAAUUGUUGAAAUUCGAAGACGUUAAUGUUUGUCGUCCAUAUCUGUCUGCCCUGCCUAUAUUCUUUCCCUUUCUUGCCCAGGAACUUUGCCAUCAUACCACUGUUUGAACAUUUGUGUUUAGGUGAGUUCCUGUUUUCUUAAAUAUUUACCCCGUCUCUUCAAUCCGAUAAUAUUCAUGUUUUUAUUAUAUAUAUAUAUAUUUUUUGUCUUCUCAGCACCUUUUCAAAACGCUGCAUCACAUCCAAAUAGCAACCGUGUGUAUUAAAGUUUAUCACAGACAGUCCUUGGAGCUUUAUUAUUAUUUAUUGCCUGACUUGCCGUCAUCCUGCAUCUUUUUUACCUUUUCUAAAGCCAUUUGCAAUUGCCCUACUUGCCCUCCUUCCUUCCUAUCUUUUUUUUUUUAUUUUAUUUUUUUUAUCUGAAAUAAUAUUUAUUUAUUUUGUGGCAUGAUUCCUGCUGGGUGGUUUUACAGGAUUCAUGUUGCUUUCAUUCUCGUUAAAGUCCAAUAAACUGUGAAACAAAGGUUCUGUCAACAUUCCUAUAACUGUCCCCCUCCUUUUGGGCAGGGAGGAGGGCAAUGAUCUGAUCAGUGAGCUAAGCUGCUGGUCUGCUCCUUGCUAGUCUUUCACCAUGAGGGAGCAUCGCCAGUGACCUGCACCCAUCAGAGGUGCAGACCUGCUACUGCAAGAGAGCAAAGGGCCGGUGGGAAUAUCUGGCCUGUGUAGCAGCGCUAUAAUGAUACUGGGCCAAAAGGACACCUAGUGCAAAAUAAAUAAAUAAAAAUAAUAAAUUCACUUACAAUAAUAAAAUAGUCUACACACAUGUUGUGUAAUGAAGAGAUUAAAUACAUUUAAUGAAAGCUUGCCUGCAUAGCCAUUCUGUGUGUGGGGACUACGUCAUUGCCCCAUUCUCAUGUGCACGUAAGAAUCUGCUUGGAACAUGUUGUAAAUUGAUUUGGUAGCACCAUACAUAUUCAUGCACAAUGACUCUUUGGGGUCGGAGGGGGUAAAACAAAUUCUCAUCAAAUACUCCACCUCUGCCUGACAUACAAUGUAAUGCAUAGCUAACUUGUAUUUGCUAUUAGAUUGUGGCAGAAAUACAAAAUAGACAAUGUCACUAUAAAAAUAAUCUAAAAGGGAUAUUUACCUUUGAAGUACUUGCAUUUGCUGCAAAUUCCCAUGAUUUUGAAGGGUCUGCUGGGAGCUAGCCCAAAACGAGAAACAGCCGAUCUUUAGUUUGAAAGGUAGCUGAGCAUAAUCUCUAAACCCUGCCCAACAGAAGUUUAUAUGACACUUGACAGCUUAUAUGUUAUUAUUAUACUGACUGUUCCAUUCACAAGCCACUGGAUGUAAUUACAUGGCAAUGUGCACUGAUUCAGAAACACUUCACUGCAUGUUAGUAAUGGUCAGGGGCCUGCCCUAGCAACAGGGAUCCUGUAGGUUUAUGAUGCUUGGAGUGUCCCUUUAAAUAUCCUAUUUCAAUUUGACUUGAACAGCUCUAUAUGGAGAGGCUGAUGGCGUGAUGUGGCACUUCUGAAAGUAGCGCUUUACGAGGAACCAUUUUCUUUGUAGCGCAGUUAUAAAUUAUCUUACCCGAAUUCACAUGAAAUUCUUGCCUGUAAAAUUCUCAUAGAAUGUUUUAUAUUGAUGAAUAUAUAUUUUAACUUUUAUUAAAUCUUUUCAUUAACUCAGGUACAUAAAAGUCUCACUGCAAUUAAGUAAUAAAGCAGUGAAACAAUUUACAUUUAUACGGUACAUAAAAAUAAAAAAAGUCAUUACUUAAACUGUUUCAAAUUAUCGGUUUAAAUGCUUAUCAUUCCUGGCUUUGUUCUUUAUAUGCUUGUAAUGUUUUAUUUCUGUGUAACUUUGUGGUUCGUUCUUUUUCAGGUUGCAUGUGUUAUUGGUUGUUACACAGGAAGCGUAUUUAACAUAUUAUGAAUAUACCUUGAAUGCAAUUGGAAUAUGUAAAACAUGUAAAAAUAGAUAUUCGUAAAAAUACAUGUAACCGUAUUAAUUAAAUAGUGUAUAUUUGGAGGGAAAAAUACAUAAAAUAAAAUGCUACUGUAAGGUUGUGCUAUAAAUGGUUCUGAGUCUUUGUGAGAGCUCUGUAACGGCACCCCCAGACAUAAAAGGGUUAAACCGCCGUUUAGUAGAUCUUCCCCUUCCAGAGAAACAGGCACAGCUCCUGCAGAACACCAAUCCGCCGAACCGGAAACCAUACGAAUGCUGUAAACAGCCGAAUAGGAAAAAACAUACGAAUAGGUUUACACUCCUAGCAGUCGAACUGUCUCCCCUUUAGACACACAGCCCUGCUGCUGAAGGGAGAGACUGACUGUCUCCCCUUUGGCUAAACAGCCCUGUCGCUGGGGGGCAGGACCGACCGUCCCUACCCCCUGUGCUGUAUGUGCAGAGACCACGGUCCCAUCUGCACAGUUGUGGGGCUUACUGUCUCCCCCUGGUACAUUAAGCUGCCGCUGGGGAGAGGGGGUAACCAGCUCCUCUCCCAUACAUACUUCCAGCCGCGGGGGAGGGAGACCGACUGUCUCUGCUCCCAAUACAGAGUCCUGCUGCUGGGGAAAGGAGACUGGGCUCUCUAUUCCCGGUAGGACACUCUGCCACUGGGGAAUGGAGACUGGGCUCCCAAUUCCCUGCAAUAUCUCCCGCUGGGGAAUGGAGACUGGGCUCCCAAUUCCCUGCAAUAUCUCCCGCUGGGGAAUGGAGACUAGGCUCCCAAUUCCCUGCAUAUCACACUGCCGCUGGGGAUCUGAGCCGACUGCCCAGCAUCCUUGUAGCUCACCCUGCCACUGGGGAGGGAGGACGCUGCUCUCCUCUCCCUGCAAGGUACACUGCUGCUGGGGGACAGGACCACUUGUCUCUGCCCCCUGUAACUCAGCCUGCCGCUGGGGAAUGGAGACUGGGCUCCCAAUUCCCUGUAUAUCACACUGCCGCUGGGGAUCUGAGCCGACCGCCCAGCAUCCCUGUAGCUCACCUUGCCGCUGGGAAGGGAGGACGCUGCUCUCCUCUCCCUGCAAGGUACACUGCUGCUGGGGGACAAGACCACUUGUCUCUGCCCCCUGUAACUCAGCCUGCCGCUGGGGAAUGGAGCUUUGGCUCCCAAUUCCCUGCAAUACCGGUGAAGAGACCUCGCUCCCAUCUCCACCUGCCGCCUGGGAUUCCUCCCAGUAAAUCUCAACAAUAUCUUCCCAGCUGAAUGGGUCUGGAACUGGAUCUGUCACCUUGCUGUCCUGCUGAAUCUUCUCAAUGGAGUGGAAGAGAUCUCGGUAGUCCUGCUCCAGUUCCCACUCCCGGGUUGCUAGGUGAGCCAGGUCUUGCUCAAUUUCGUGAGUGUCGUCCCAGUCAUACCUGCUCUCCCUCCACUCCAAGAGAUCACCGAACCGGGCUUGUGUAGGGCUCCCAAACUCAGGCUCUGCAAGAGCCUCCCAUAACAAGCCAGGACCAUCAAACUCCUCUCCCUCUGGCUUGUCAUGCUCGGCUGUUCAGGGCAGGUACGGUGCCCCAUACCACCAGAGCGCCUGGUAGGCAUCUUCCAGCCAAAUCUCCUGCCAUACUCGGAGCUCCAAUUCCUUCACCCAUUCCUCCAGGGGCUGCUCUCCCAGGAAGGGCAUCCGCAGGGCCACUUGCUUCUGCAACCACUGCUCUUCACUGGGGAGACUCUCACCCCGCUGGUAUUGUACAUUAUCCAGGGCCUGGUACCAGAUGCUUUUCCUUAAUGCAUCCCGGCGAUCCAGGUCCUCCUCCUCGUAUAACACUGCUGGUUCCAUUCUGUUGCUUUUAGAGUCGCUGUACUGGGACAUGCGUUGCCCCCACUUGUAAAUCCAAAGAAAUGGUGUCUCCUGUAGCUGUCCUUCUGGCUGUAGGAACGAUCCCGCCGCUUGCCACCAAUUGUAACGGCACCCCCAGACAUAAAAUGGUUAAACCGCCGUUUAGUAGAUCUUCCCCUUCCAGAGACACAGGCACAGCUACUGCAGAACACCAAUCCGCCGAACCGGAAACCAUACGAAUGCUGUAAACAGCCGAAUAGGAAAUACCAAACGAAUAGGUUUACACUCCUAGCAGUCAAACUGGAACAGCAUACAAUAAAUCCCCCCAAGAAUGAGACAAAGCUCUGUGUUGAGGGUCAAGCAGUGAACAGACAGAGCUGUGGGUUUAUUGUUCUUAUGUACACAUUCUUACACAUUAGUACCACCCACAGGGUUUUGGAACACAACCAAUAAACACAUACAAUACAUUCAGACACUCCCACACAAAAUCCUCCCUUCUGCCUGUGAUACAAUUAACUUACACAAUGGGUAAUUUAAUUAGCACAAGCAGAGAAAUACAAUUUUUCCACAUUAUUCAUAACUUGAAAAGUAUGCAUCACAUUCACAUUUUCAGAAUCAGCAUACUCCAAAUACAAACAUACGUCAAAAUCAUACAAAUUGGUCCAGUGGUUCAAAAGAUAGAUCGUAGUCCUUUGUGACCACAGGAAGCAUGGCUUUUCUGCCCAAAACCAGUUCCACAGAGUCUUCUAUCCUGGAGAUAAUUAGAAGUAAUCCAAUUAUCUCCAAAGACAGAGGCAAAACUCCAUUGAACACAUGGCAGCAAAAAGACAGUAAAAUACAAUAAAAUACACAAGGUUACAUUUAUGACAUAAAAUACAGACAUGCAACAUAUGCCCAGAUAGCUUAGGUCUGAGCGCACAUUAUUACUGAAUGGCGCUCAGAGCACACACAUACAGUUCAAUUGCCAUGGAGCCAAAGUCUUUCCCAUAGUCUUUCAUUAUACGAAUGGGCUCCAUGGCAUAGCUAUCUGGGGUAUCACUGCUCAAACAGGGCAAGCACCAAAUGACCCGGCUUUCUUGUCUUUGCAGGGGAAAAUCAAACCUUUUAACAUGGGGCCAUAAUCCAAAGGCAACAGGCGAGCAACCAGGCUUCUCCAAUGCAAUGUGGCGAGAUUGCUCUCGUCACAAUCUCUAUCUUAUCUCACCCAGGAGGCUGCUGUCAAGGGGCAUUGCUUUAUGCCUUAGUAGCUGAUAAGAAGGAACCUCCCAAUCCUGUUAAAGGACCACUCUAGGCACCCAGACCACUUCAGCUUAAUGAAGUGGUCUGGGUGCCAGGUCCUUCUAGGGUUAACCCAUUUUUUCAUAAUUAUAGCAGUUUCAGAGAAACUGCUAUAAUUAUGAAUGGGUUAAGCCUUCCCCCAAAGCCUCUAGUGGCUGUCUCAUUGACAGCCACUGGAGGCGCUUGCGUGCUUCUCACUGUGAAAAUCACAGUGAGCAUAGCGUCCAUAGGAAGCAUUGUAAAUGCUUUCCUAUGAAACUGAAUGGCAGCUCUUGCCGCGCGUGCGCAUUCAGCCGAGAGGAAGGAGGAGGAGAGCUCUCCGCCCAGCGCUGGAAAAAGGUAAGUUUUUACCCCUUUCCCCUUCCAGAGCCGGGCGGGAGGGGGUCCCUGAGGGUGGGGGCACCCUCAGGGCACUAUAGUGCCAGGAAAACGAGUAUGUUUUCCUGGCACUAUAGUGGUCCUUUAAAAGUAAUAAAAAGGGAACUGUGAAUGACAGUUAGGGAAGGUGUGUGGCUAAGGCUGUAUAAAUAAAGUACUGAAUUGAAUAAAGUAUUACCCUCCUAAAUGUCGGAAAAAUUAGCAAUGAUCUAGCAUUAAUUAAGCUGAAGUGGUUAUGGUGCUUAGAUCGACCUUUUAAAACAUUGUACUUGUUUUCUUAAAUGGAGUUUUACAGGGAAGCUCUAUGCAUCACUACAUCUGUUGCACACAGUUGAUUCUAACUUGUGACCUUAGGGAUCUAUAACUCUGCCAGUUUUGCACGAGUACGCCAUUCAAGCCCCGCCCCUUCCGCACUUGCUCCCUAAACUGUGAACAGGGAUUUUCAUUAAAACUGAGAGCAGCUAUAUUAUGUCAGCAGUUACUUUUAUUCUAUAAGACAAAUGACCUUCAUGUCUCGCAUUCCAUAAUGGGCAUGGGGGUUAAGAGAUAAGAUCAAACCUCACUGACUAAUACGUCCAGUAUAGAGCCUUUGGCUAAAAUAUAUUUAAUGUAUUACCAGUGUAACGGGGAAGAGUAGAUUUGUCAUCUGGAUUUAAAGUGGUGAUAAAUUCAUGUUGGCCUAAAUCCCCCCCUUCAUGCAUUGAAUGCACAAUCUCUCAUAGAGAUAAAUUAUGUAUUUAAGAAAAACUACUACGGUAUAAACUGAUCUCACCUUCUCUGCAGACCAUCUGUGUCGUCUUCUUCAUGGGUGUGACAUUCAGACUGCACUUUCUGCAUUCGCUAGGGAGCCACCACACUGUAGGAGCUCUCUCCUGCUCUCUCUGUCAAUCAGUUUUACACUGUAGUCUAUGAUAAAUAAACAAGUUUGCUAGUCCAACGUAAGGAUUACAUUUUAUGCUCUUUAACCCCUUAAUGACUGAGCAAAACAUAAACAAAAACUUUAAUUUGCGCUAUAUAUCUGUUCAGGUGUAAUUCACCUCUUUCAUUUUAUGUGCACCCACACUUAUUAUAUGUAAUUUUAUUCACAAACACUGGCCAAAAUUAGUGUUUAAUAUUUGAAAAUGCAAAAAACUAAUUUGAACGUCAAUUUUGGCCAGUGUUUGUGACUAAGUGGCUACUAAAAAAGACUGGACAUACCCCAUUUGGGUUGUCUACUUUUGCAAAUGGUAUGCCACUAUGGGGGUAGUUCUCAUUCCUGGGCUACCAUACGCUCUCAAAGGUAACGUAACCAAUCUGGCGAAUUUCAAUGUGAAAAAAACUGAAAUGCAAGCCUUAUAUUUGACUCUCUACCUUUUGAAAACACCAUAAAACCUGUACAUGAGGGGUACUGUUAUACUUGGGAGACUUCGCUGAACACAAAUAUUAGUGUUUCAAAACGGUAAAACGUAUCACAACAAUUAUAUUUUCCGUGUAAGUGCCAUUUGGGUGUGAAAAAUUCAAAAAAUUUCACUUUCACUGACAAUACCGUCGUCGUAAUACAUGUUACUGUUUUGAAGCACUAAUAUUUGUGUUCAGCAAAGUCUUCCGAGUAAAACAGUACCCCCCAUGUACAGGUUUUAUGGUGUCUUGGAAAGUUACAGGGUUAAAUUUAGUACUAGCAAAUUAAAUUCCUUGGACUUUUGGCCUGGGUUGUCGGGCUGGUCCUGCUAAUUGUAAUUAAUAAAAUUACCUAAUUAUGUAAAAUGAUUACAUAAAUAUAUACGUAGACUUAUUAUAUAUAUGUGUGUAUAUAAAUAUAUAUAUGUAUAUAAUUUUUUUAAAUAAUUUUUAUUUAUAUAUGGGGUAUAUAUAUAUAGUGAUAUAUAUACGUGUAUACUUAUGUAUAUAGAUAUAUAUUUCGUUCUACAUGUAUUUUGAUAUCAAUAUAUAUGUAUAUAUAUUAAUUUUAGAAUGGAGUUAGAACGAAUUUACACAUAUAUAUUUUAUUUAUUUUUUAUUAUUUUUUAAUUUAAUUUUUUUACGUAUUUACAGAUGUAUUUAUAUUAUACAUAAAUAUAUAUAUAAUGAAAAUUAUAUAUAUUUAAUCGAUAUCAUUGUACGUGUAUUUUGAUGAUAUAUAUAUUUAUAAUUAUAUAUAUAUAAAUAUUAAAAUACACUUAGUGUAUGUGUAUAUAUGUGUGUGUAUAUAUAUAUAUAUAUAUAUAUAUAUAUACUUAGAUCAUAUAUAUAUAAUCUAAGUAUAGGUUAUUUAUUUUUACACUGAUUUUACUUUUAUUUUAUUUAUUUUGAGACAGCAGGGGGAGUACCUGUCAUUACAGGCACUCCCCCUGCUGGCACUGCCUUGGACGGCUAGGCCGUCCAUGUGAUUGCGAGGUCCUCGCAAUGACCUCAUGAUCACAUGGCCCAGGGGGGCCGAAGAGGACGGAGGGGGACUCCCUGGGCUCCCAGGUGAGUCCCCAUACAGCGAUCGCCGGUGACCGGGUAAGUACAAUGGAUGGUUUGGGCAUUCUAUGCCGCCCUACGCGUUUAGAGCUGCUUCCUUAAGGACAGCAUAGAACGCCCGCCGUCCUUAUGGGGUUAAAAUGAGUGUAACGGACCGUUUUGCACACAAGGGGUAAAAACCGUUUAGGCGAUCGUCCCCUUUCAGAGAUGCAGGCGCAGCUACUGUAGAACACCAAACUCCCGAACCGCAAAUAAGGGAAUGCUCCAAUCUCCCGAACUGCAUACAAUAUAACACUCCAAACUCACGAACUGGAACCAUACGAAUCGCUGCUAGCAGACAAAAAGGAAAAGCAUCCAAGCGGCUUACACUCCUAGCAAUCAGUCUCUGUCAGCAUUCAGUAAAUCCCCCCCAAAGACGAGACAAGGCUCCGUGUUGAAGGUCAAGCAGUGGUCUGUUUAAUGAGGGCUACCUGCCCAGUAUUUAUGCAAGUCUCCCACCUGGUGGACACUCCCCUAGGGGACCAAAUGGGAGACUGUGACAAAAGACAGACAAGUAUCAAUUUAGGACACACAGACACAUUGUAUUCCCACAAUGCAUCCUGGCUUCUUCCCCUCUGCCCUGGAGAUAACUGAGAAGUAAUUCAGUUAUCUCCCAGGACAAAGGCAAAUCGCCAUUAUGCACGUGGGGAUACUAAAACAAGAAUUAUUAUUAAAAUACACCAUGUAGGACAUGUUACAUUAAACCCAUACAUUUAACAUAUCCCCAGAUAGCUCAGGUCUGAGCGCACGUUAUUAAGCGAAUGGCGCACAGACCACACGAAUACAGUCCAAUCGCCAUGGAGCCAAAGUCUUUACAAAGUUAGUUCUCAUACGAAUGAGCUCCAUGGGAUUCCUAUCUGGGGUAUAAUACAGUCAGGUAAAACUACCGAACACCGGGCCGUUCGUGCACUCCCGUCGAACAAGAAGGGAGGUCAGCGGGUUCAGCGGUGUUCGCGCCAAACUGUGUCCGUUUUUAGUUCCAUGAGUUAGGCGUCGAACACUGCUGUGCGUUCGCGUGUUUAAAAUGGCCACGACCUCGUGUUCAUGAUACGAAUGGCGGCCACCCAGUAUUCGUCAAUUAAGCUGUGGUUAACCGCAGCUUCUGGGGGAUCAGUUGCUGGCACGCUCCAGCUCCCAGGUGGUCUAGUCAUUCGUGCGGUUGUUCGAUAGAUUGAAUCUACCGAACACCGGGCAGAAAAGCACGAAUAAGUCUUUUCUGCAGGGGAAACAAAGUCUUUUCACAUGGGGCCAUAAUCCAAAGGCAGCAGGCGAGCAACCAGGCUUCUCCAAUGCAAUGUGGCGAGAUUGCUCUCGUCACAAUGAGCAUUAGUAGUAUGUACCACAACAGGUACACUUUGAUGUCCUUUACGCCUUAAAGGGACGCUAUAGGCACCCAGACAAUUUCAUCUCAAUGAAGUGAUCUUGGUACCAUGUCCCUGUAGUUUUAACCCUGCAGCUGAAAUCAUUGCCGUUCUGUGGGUAAUUUUAAGUAGCCUUGUAAAAUCAAAACUGUAUUGUUUUGUAUUUGUGUGCUGUUCCUUAUUUUAUAUUGUGUACAUUGCAGUGUUAGAAUGCUACUAAUGGUUGUCCUAAGGGUAUUUUGGUACUUAUUUUGUAGCAAUUUGACUGCCAAAUCUCUGAUAAAUAUUGAAGUAAAUAUAAUUUUUUCUGAGUUUUAACAUACACACAUAUAGCAAGUUUUUUAAUGAGUAUUUCAUAAACCUGAUCGGUGCUACUACUGUGCAAAACUGCAUAUUAUGUCCAGCUACAUUUUGGGAGUUUUUACAGUUUGGAGUUGGAAUACCCCUAAUUUUUUUUAAUUCUUUAUUUUUCCGUGCAUAGUGUGAACAAACAUGCCAGUAUCGCCACAAUAGCAGGUACCAGCCGGUGAGACAAUACAGAGUAAUCAACCUUAUGGCAAUCAUUGUCGUGUCAAAUCAGUUAAUUCACAGCCUGUAUGCUAACUGGGGUGACCGUCGCUGGAUUCCAAGCGUAUGACGGUCUGGGAGCGUUGGUGGGGUCUUUACUACUUAGACUGUCUUGAGGUAGACCCAAGGUUCAUAGCAAUGUUGGUGUGUCUUGGAUGUCUUGGAGCAGGUGCAUGGAGUCUCCAUGGGUUACCUUGAGAGUGCGAGACAUGCGCCAGCAGUAGCGUAUAUUCUUUUGCUGUAAGAGUGAGGUAAGAGGCCUGAGGGACCUCUGCCAGGCUAGGGUACUGUUCGAAAGGUCCUGGUAAAAGGUCAGUAACAUGCUUUCAAAUUGGUAUGGGGACGUCCCCCUGAGGGCCAUAAGGAUUGUUUUGUCUGUCCCAGACUUGAAUUGGACCACCAAGUCCCGCGGGACCGCUGCCGGUGCCUUAGCCGGUUUGGAGAUACAGAAUAGGACAUCUAGAGUUAUAGCUUUGGCCUGCCACAGUGGUAGCAGGGCGGCCAUGAGCCUCCUCAUGAAGUGUGGUAAUUCGGCUUCAGGUAUGUCUUCCGAGAUCCCUCUAAUUUUUGCUAUUCCGAUGUCGGGCAUCUUCUUGUGCCGCGAAACUGCGGUCAUACAUCUUGCCAUUGUUUUGCCAGUUGAUGUAGAAUUUUUUGGUAAAGAGAAUGUUUUUUGCAUUUCUACAUGCACAUUACAUUUUGACGGAGAAUUUUUUUAAAUAUAUGUGCCACAAUGAUCAACCCCCCAAAUUAUGCUCUGCUAACUCUUCUGAAUAAAACAAUACUCCCAAUGUAUGUGUUUGGCACUAUCUUGCAGAGUUUCAAUGCCAUAUAAGUGACCCUACUAUUUAGUUUUUUACAGUUAGAAUUUUGAUGGGCCUAUUCUGCUUUUUGGGACAGUGUAUGACUUCAUUAAUUAAAUUUACCCGAUAAAUGCAUACCAUUUGUGAAAAUGGGGCAUUGUCUUAUGGUAGAUUUUGAGCCUUAUUAUACAGCUCAUUUAGUACCAAAAUGUCUCCACAUUUUUGGCAUUAUUUGGCAUUAUUUGCAAUUUAGCUGUAUAUUUUGUAAGCUUGAUAUGUGCUAUUGUAAUAAAAGUCACUAAAUCGUACAGAAUGACCCCUUUCUCAUAUCCUUGUCAAGUGUUUGUGAAAAUACAGAGCUUAAUUUAUAACCUGCCCAUUGCAGUUUUUUUUGAAGAUGAGUUUAUGGUGCAUUGGGGUCACGGAGGGAGACCCUCCAGAGUCUGUUCAAACACUAGAUCCAGUUAGAGAAUCAAUUUGAGUGAGCAUGAUGGCUCAGCUGCAGUCUUCUCUAUUGAUUUAAAGAGCUAUAUGCAGUGCUGAUUUUUAAACACUAUAUGCAGCUCAUCAUACAGACAGAGGAGCCCCAGAUAUCCAUUGAUGCCUGCGUUUCCUGGUGUGUUCAGAGAUUUAACCCUGCUCACACUGCAUUGCUCUCUGUUGGGAUUUAAAUCCCCAUUUAAAGAGCUGCAUGCCAAUCUCGCUCUGAGCUCAGCAUGCAGCACACCUGUCAGUCUGGGGCCACUAAAAAUUAUCUAUUGAUACCUGGGUGUCCUGGUGAAACCAAGAUCUAUUUAUCAGCAUUUAAAUGGGAAUUAGUAACACUGCUCACACCACAUUUUCAGGAUCUGUCAUUAUGCCCUACAGGCAUUAAAGGCCAGUAUAGCUAGGAUGUAAUGACAUGUCCUAACGCUGUUAAAGAUUUAAUUUCAAGUUGGUACCUUACAUUGUUUCACCUUGUUUUGGGUUUUUAAUGUAUUUAACCACACAAACUCUAUAAGCAUCGCUGAUCUGAGUGGUUGUCUUCAGUUUGUGCCUUGUUUUGUUUUCACCAUUUAGAUUGCAUUAUAAAAAUAAUGGUAAAAUAAAAAUAGGUAUCCACUCACAACAUAAGGAGCCCUAAUUGAGCUCCUACUGGGCUUAACAAGAGCAAGUCAACGCUCCAAAAAUAACUAUUCUUCUCAAAGUGUUAAUAAUUAAUAUUGGAUGGCUAGUUGGGUAGAAAAAAAACUUCAUUACUUGUGAGAAAUUGGCCAGUAGAGUUAUUGACGAUCAGGGUUAUUCACUAAAGUCAAAUUCCAAAGUGAAUUUCAGAUUUAAGGCCAGAGUAGUCGAACUGAGAGCACAGCAGACUUAUAGAGUUUUUCCAGUUUGGCUGGUUUUACCUUAGAUUCGAAAUUCACUUUGAAUUAACACUUUAGUCUAUACCUAUAUCUAUGUACAUUAUUAAAUUACCUUUUUUCUUUUCUUUUAGACAUAAUCUCUUGAGCAACACAAGAAGAACAUGGAGAGAAGACGGAAUGAACUCACUGGUCUUCAGUAUGCUAUCCCGAGAAGAAACCCCUCUUUAUACGAACAUCACUGUAGAUAUUGGAAAUCCACCCACAACAACCACUAAACCAAACAAAUGGAAAUUGUUUUAAGUUGGCCUUUAAAAGAUAGGACUUUCCCACAUGUCCUCCAACUGACUCCUUGUGAAGCUCAAGUUGGUGGAGAGCCAGAUUGGUUGAAAUCGUUAUCGAGACCACAACCUAAGCCAUCCAAGAAUGGUCUGCAACAUAGGUGGUUUACCUUGGUUUUUAUCUGUUAUUGGUCUGCGUUUACCAUAAUAGUGAGCAAUAUAGACCAACAAUGGCUGGAAGGCCAAACUUGGACUACAACGUUUAUUCAGAGACUAAACAGUUCUGUAUCACUAGAGGGUGAUUUAACUCUCCUGUUGUCAUAAGGGGAAUAAAGUGAAAACUUGCCACCGCCAUAUUAAGUGGGGGUACAAUGAAUAUUAAGGAACCAGUUUAAAGUUAACCAAUACUACCAAGAAACAGUAUGUUACCCUCUUUUAAACACAGUUUAAGGUUAAUCUCAAGUUUCAUAAACAAUGUUACUUAUUGUUUUUCUUUAGCUUGUUCACUGUGCUGAAAUAUCUGGUUGUGUUGCUGUACCAAAUAAUUUAAUACAUUUUUAUUGCAGGAUCUUUUUCCCCCCAUAGACAAAGAUCUUGUGUAAAAUUAAGGAAAGGCAAACCAUAAAGAAGUCUCCAUCCAUGGUUUGUAACAGAGAUGAAGAAAAUAUAUUUAUUGCACAAUCACUUUCUUGGUAAGAGUCCCUUUGAUGUAUUAAAUUUAUUUGACACAUCAACUGCUAGGUUAUCCACCGAUUUGCUCUGAAAUAUGUGCUGCUUGCGCCGUCAUAUGGGCAAACCAAGAGCAAGAGUUACGUAUGAGGAGUCAUUCUGGUUAAAAGUUCUUAUAGAGCAGCAGUCACCAUGGAAACCAAUGGAAUGUUCCAUUCGUUUGCUCCACAUUUAAAAAAAUUGCUUCAGAAUUGCUCUUUAAAUAAGACGUUUUGUUGUGAAAAAAAAGAGACCAUCACCAUAUGAAGGUAAAGGUACACGCGCCUGCUGUAGUGGUGUUGGUGUCAGGAGUGCCCUGGCACCUUCCCACAGUAAAUAGUCAAACUGUUUAACCCCUUAAGGACACAUGACGGAAAUAUUCCGUCAUGAUUCCCUUUUAUUCCAGAAGUUGUGUCCUUAAGGGGUUAAGGAUGGUUUGGACACUUACCUGGGACCCAUAGGAGUGCUCUUCGUUUCCCCACUGCUGCUGUAAGAUCUUGGAAGGAGAUUCCUUCAGCGCCACAGAGCUAAGCCUUGCCAUGGAGGUGCCACUGAGGGCAGCCCUGUAUGGUCAGGCUUAACUCAAUGGCAGGAGCUACCAGCAGCCAGGGAUGAGGCACUGACGGGUGUUUGGUGGCACAAAAUUGUUUGUUAAGUGUUCCUGUAUGUAUAGUUUUAAUUUAGUAAAAGUUUAUUUUAUUCUGCAUUUUGCAAAGUUUGUGCCUUACCUUGGGAAUUAUUUCUGCUGCGUGAUAAUUGAUUUAUACUUCGUUACAGAUUACAUCCUCCUUAUGGACAGUAACUAGUUCUAGUGGCGUCCCACAAUUCCAAGCAUGAAGAAGCCCUACUAAAAAAAACAUGGGCAUACAUAAUGGAAUACCUGAAAAUGGUUGACCCAUUGAAUAUAUGGGCUAGCCUUGCGUAAACAAAAAGUUGCUCUAAAUAAAGAUACGCAAAUACUAAGUAGUUGAUUUGUGAUAACACUUGAACUAGAAGCUGUGAAAUUUAGACACUUCAUUUCAGUUAAUAUUCCAUAGUGUAGAAUCCAUGUUUGUAGGGGGGCGCUAAACUAACUGAGAUAGAGUUUGCUGUGUUAUAUUUCAUGGAAACAUGGUGCUAAAUAUGGUCUUGAUAGAACCAUUUUGUGUUUUUUUAUGGACGGUAUGCCUUAUUUCUUUAUUUAAAUCUCCCUUUAAGCACAGCUUUAUACAUCUAUUGAAUCUUCUGAUUCUUAGAUAUUAAAGGUAAACCGUUACUUCCAAGAAUGUUUAACAUUAUGUAAACUUAUUCCCGGUGUUUUUAUGAGACCUGAAAAAUAAAAUUAAAUGUAAAAAACAAUAUUUCUUCAUCCUGCAACUGGAUACCUCUGUUUUGGUUCCUUGGGAGAAGGAGAAACAAACUGUGGAGGAGAUCUAUGAAAGUGUUGUGAUCCAAAAGGUGGCCAAAGAUUCUCUGGGUAAAUCACCAUUGGAGCCAGCAAGCACGCUCUAUUGGUGACUCCCCCUUUUUUUACAUCUCUGCCCCACUUUUCAGGACACUUUGAUAAACCUCUCCCAGUGGUUUUAUUUCUCCUACUCCAUUACAGUGUGUUCCCUGAGUGAGGAUAUAGACUAAGUAGCUUUUAAGGACCUCUUUGCAUACUUGCCAAGUUUGGCCCUGCCGGAAUCGUGAUGAGUGGGUGGGCCCACAGGACAGAUCCACUUACUGAAAUGGCAUGCGAGCCUGGCUCACAGAAAGCCUCCCGGACAGCUACCCUACACAGAGGACCAUGCAAGGAUCACUUCUAAAGUUCUCCCUGCAUGUUCCUAGUGACCGCUGCACACCACUAGCGCUUCUAAUGACAUGCUCGCAGUGUGCUGCCUCGGGGACAGUUCAAUAACAUGCCUUCUAACUGUCCCGCUUUUGGGGACACCAAGGAACUAAAACGAGACAGAACCCAGAAUAUAAAGAACGAAGAUAUAUAUUUUUAUUUUAUUUUAUAAAAUGUAUAUACAGUACUGUAAUUAUAAUAGUGGAGGAAGACUCUAGAGAAAAUCCUGUUUUGUUAUAAAUAUUCUUAAACUUUUGAAUGCUUGGUGUAUUUGUUUUUCUCAGCCAUGCACAAACACACACGGCAUCAUCUCACUACAAAUCACAGUCAGAGAGCAGUAAUCGGCAUUUUACAGUCCAGAAGAUGGAUUGCUUCCAUAUCCUCUCUUGCAAUGUCUACACCAGUUUGCAGUUAGUUGUGCUGGGUGUUUUGUUUUUGUUUUUAAUGUAUUUAAACGUUUUGCUCUAAUGGCCGAAGACUGCAACUUCCAGAAAGUUUUGUGACCCUAAAGUGAUACAGUGGGGUGGGCUCAAUAAUACUAUUACAUAGUUACACAGGAUGAAAAGAGAUUUGCGUCCAUCAAGUUCAGCCUUUUUCACAUUAAUUUGUAUAUUUUAAACAGUUUAAGACUUUCCAAUUUUGCAACAAACUUACAAAAAACAGUCCUUAUUGACCCCAAAAUUACAUUCAGAUCUCUCUUGGAAGAAGCUCUGAUAAAAACCACCUCUUCAGGCAGAGAAUUACACAUCCCUAUUGUUGUUACUGUAAAAAAAAAUAAAAAAAAUUCCUUUGCCUUAGGCUAAAUCUCCUUUCUUCCAGUCUAAAUGCGUUACCUUGUGUCUUAUUGAAAGUUAAGUGAGUGGAAUCACUUCUUGAUUUGUUAAUAGCUGAUAAUUAACAAUUAACUGAUCAUUGAGUAUUAUUUUUAAAGUUUUGCAAAUAAAAUAUAAUGGGCCAGCUUUAGCCUGUAGUGUCCCUUUAAGAAUAUUGCAACGCUGUAAAGUUCCAUGUUUUCAGCACUCUAAACAAAUGUGAGGUAGGCUGAGCUUGAUGGACGCAAGUCUCUGAAGAUGAAUUUGAAUGAUGUUUGAACAGGUGUUUCUUAAAGAGACCGUGUGAGUAAGAACCAGUGUUAUUACAUGCAGGUUACCACUUGGGAGCUUGUUUUCUGUAGAUGAAAGUAUCAUAUCGUUCUCUGGAUUCCUUUUUUUCGUGAAUCUCUUCGAGUUCAGCUGUGAAGCAGAUUAAAGAUUUUUCUUCACAUUUAAAAUAUUUAAAUACACGUUAGUGUAUCAAUUUGUUGUUUUUUUAAAUUAUAUCUACUUAAAUAAUAUUUUUCUAAAAUAAAUCUGUGGCAAUCUAUUUUUGUGUGUGUGUGUGCGGAUUCCAUUCUGAAUAUUUUCUCGAGAGUACAACACAGAGGUUAUGGUGGUUCCUGCGAUACCAUGGAAUCCUCCAUAAACCAUCUUUCAAGAUGCACAAGUAGAUCCCUUUUUCCCACAACUGUUUCUACGACACCUGUGGGAAUUGGCCAAAACCUAUGGGACCAGCACCACUUUUUGUUAUUUUUUAAGGUAAUAUAAAUUGGGUUCAGGCACUCAUGAUUGCUGCAGGAAGGUAGGUUUCAAGCGUGAUAAAGACCUCUGUGUAGGCUGAAACGUUACUGCUUUUGUUUAUUACUAAGGGCAGCAACACCUCCCUGGCUGUCAGUCAGACUGUCAAUUAGACAUCCAGAGAGGUUUGCUUCAGUGUUCAUUAGUUUGACAGAGCUAACAAACGUGUCAGGUGUGCUGAGCUAGUGUUCACCUACCUUGCUCCUUUCUUGAACUGCUGUACUACGGCUUAUUGAGAAGCAUAGAAAAGCUGCGAUCACAGGUCCAGAACAGAGGCCUCUCAAAUGAGAAGUUUUUGAUUGAAGUGUUCCCCGGCACAGUCUGGGCUGGGUAAAAAAAGGGUGAGCUUGCAAAGCUGCUGAAACUGUUUUUAGAUAUGAAACCCCAAGAAAAAAAUGCAGGAUCAGAUGCAUGCUUUCAUUGGGGACACAUUUACUAAGGUUUUUCUUCUUCUAAUGGAGUGUUCUUUUAAAGUGGCUCUGUCCCCGUCUUACAUCUUUGCAUAAUUUGCAAAGACCCCUGACGAUGACAUUGCCUUUGGGGGUUCACUGGCCAUGGGGGGCAGAGAAAGUAGAUUUUAUUUACCUGUCCCCUAUUCAUAUUCUCUUCGGUUCAUGACACUUCAGCUGCCAGGAGCCGAAGUCAGCACUGCACUCUCGCGGAUGUGUGGGAUCCUCCAUAGAAAGGAUGGUAAGCCGAAAUGGUUAUUUCAAAUAUUGUGCAAAAUAUUAGUUUUAUCAUAUAAACAUUUUGACAUUUGUCAACACAGAAUUAUUUCUAAAUAAUUCAAUCAAACAGAACUUCCCAAAGGACCCUUUAUUUUCCUAUGUGGUGUGAAUAAACAUGGUAUGGAAUCUGGGGGACUCACAUUUCAUAUAUUUAAUUUAGCGUUUUAAUUGUAAUUGCUUGCUGCUUGCACACAGCAGACUACUCUAGUUACUAAAUUUGAAAUGAAUUUGAAAAUUGUGCCUUAAUUCCUUAGCAGUUUCAAGUUACUUGGUCCCACAUUGGAAAAUCUGAUAUACAUUUUUUAAUGGGCUAGAAAUGAGUGCUCAUUUGUAUCAAUUUAAAAGGGGUGUGCAAAAUGCAAAGGGCUAGGAAUUGCUCAAAUAUUUUUCCCUACACAUUUUGAGGGAGACAAAUCUUCGGAACUUUGUGAAAAACCCCUAUAAAUGUUUCAUAAAACUAUAAGGAUAGUAAAAUAUAAAGAUAUUUGAUUAAUAUGGAGACUUCUGUCUUAGGGCAAUAAAUAUUAAUGAGACAUGUUAUAUUUGCUGUGAUGUAUUUAUUUAUGAGUGCAAAAAAAACUAUUCACUAUGUUGAAAUAAAAAAUGUAGUUUUCA